GUUAGUGUGUUUGAGUGCCGUAAUACCGUAUCUAAGCUGAGGCGACAGUAAAUGAUCGGCAUCCCCCUGUCCCUCGUGCCCUCAGUGUAAACCCACCAUAUCACAAGACGCCUCACGCAGGAUUCAGAAUCCUGGAAAGGACGCUGCGACCCCACUGGGAGCCCAAACCUGCGUCAGAGACCGGGUGAGUGUUGAGGCAAGGCUUUCCAUUUUUAUCCUUCUGCCGUUCACAACCAGUCGACUGCAUCUUUAGCGUGGUGUAAGAGAUCCUUCUGGUAAUGUGAAGGAUCGUGUACCUGACUCCAUUUUAAAAAUACGCAAAUUUACGUCAUCCGGAUUUAACGAUAGAGGGUCCAAAUACUUUGUAAAUUAAUGAAGUGUAUGAGUCACUCAAGGGUCAGUGCUAGAUUCGGCAUCAGUAUAAGCAAGUAAACGUGUUGAAUUUAUGGUCAAAACGUUAAUAUUGUCCACACUGCUGCGCAGGGAUUCGGGUUCUUUUUGUGAAUGGAGCCAAUGGAUAUCAGGCGGGAUUGUUUGCAGUGUUCAAAGUUUUGUCUGACAACACAUCGUCUUGUACUCUUAUUUUUUAUGCCGAAUCAAAGAACUAACUUAAAUAAUGAAGAAAAUCACAUUGUACUGUAUUGUUGUGCUCCUUACAUUUGUCACUGGACGUAAAACCAUGAAUAGUUAAAUUCCCCUUUAAGGUUUGGUGGUCUUAAUACAGCCUCUCACUCUGGGUCAUCCUGCAUGUUAUAUUGAAGAUACCAGAUAGGAUUAUUUUUGCUUCAUUUUGUUUUCAUGUCCAUAUCGUGCAGGGUUGUGAUACUGUCGUUCUGAAUUCAGCAGUGUACAUUGAUAUGUGACAUUUCAGUCGAUACUAGGCUAGCUGGGAUUGUGUACGCCUCACUGACCCGGAUCCAAGGUCUUCUGUGUCGCCUUAGUUUUUAAUACCAAACAAGCAAAAGGGUUCACGUGUAUGUAUCCUGCAUCCUGCCUCAGAUUCACAGAGGUUUGGAGCUGCGGCACAUGCACUAAGACAGAAUCAGAUCAAUAAUCAAUAAAAGAACAUAAUCUUUAUGCACAUAAAUGUCAAAUUCACGUCUUUAUCUGGCUGCAACUCCGUAUAUUCUUGUUUUUCUCUGGAUGCAGAGAGUUUAGUUUCUAAAUUUGUUCUGUACUAAAUUUGCGGCUUUUAAAACAUUUAAGAGCUUACCCCAGUGCUUUUUGAAAUAUUAACAAUCAGCCAGAAGGUUGGAUUUUUUUAAUUUCUCGGUUAUUUAAAUUUUGACACAUUUAAAAAAUAAAUCCUGGAGUUACAAAUAAAUCUCAGCAUCUGUGAUGGUUUUGUUGUUAUCAACACAAGUAAAAAAGUUGUAAAUAUCGACUUUUGGUCAUGAUAUCACAAUAGGCUGGACGAUAAUCCUAUGAGGUAAUGUUGGGCCUGUUGCAUGUCUGUGUUUGUUACUGACAUGUUAGUUGGCUGAUGAAGAGCCCAUAAUAAACCUCCUCUCCACCAAAGUGGUUCAAGUUUGGAAAUCUGAUAUGGGGAGCCCGGUGUCAAGUUUUCUGAUGUUAUGAACAAUGACAUGGCAACUCGCGUAUGAUUGGCCUUCAAAAUAAAAAGAAUCGUCUCUCCCUUGAUUAGAGUAAUUUCCUCUGGAUUUGCAGAAUUUAUUACUUUAAAACAGUCAUACAACAAUAAUAAGUCCCCCUUUACCCUUAGGAUUAAAAUUCUUGUAAUUCUAUGUAACAAAAGAAAAAAAUAUGCAGACAGUAAAACGUAAAAAGUACAAAACAGUGAUCAAAUACAGCAUGGAUAGAUGUCAUUUAUUAAAGAGUGGUCAUAUGUACAACUCAGGUGUAAAUCAGCAAUUCAAAAACUACUGGCUUUGUAAAAUGAGCAGUUACCUACUUUGAAUGGGAAAGUCAAAGAUGACUGACAUUUUAAAAGACAUAAAAUUAAUCUUAAAGACUCCCCUCACCCCCCCCACACACAAAAAACAACCAAACAAACAAAAUAGAUACUACUACUACUACUAAUACUACUACUACUAAUAAUGAUAAUAAUAAUAAACAACCAACCAACCAAACAAAAAACAUUAAAUUUGUUCAUGGGAAGUUUUUCAAACAAAAUUCAUCUAAAAGUUGUACUGUAAGUCAAAUAAUGGAGAACUGGCCCACAAAACUACUCCAUAGUGAGUAGAUUUUACGAUAAGAUUACAAAUACAUGACAUUUUUAUGGUACUUCAAUCGCUUCAAUUUAUAUACGUGAUUUUGUCAAUAAAUAUUCGAUGAUUUGGUCCAAAACAUUGCAUAUUAUUUUCGUGUUUUCUCUUCCGUAGACUUGAUACGUCUUAUUUUGAAAGGAGUCACCGGAAGUGAUCAGUCCCACUCUGUGUGUUUUGAUGCCUCUGGCAGAGACGGGCAGCAGUAUGCGGAGCAGCUGAUGCUCUUGCGUGCUAAAAAUAAUCAACUUUUUUCGUUCCAACUCUCACGGUUUUUUUCCCUCUUUUUUCCUCUUACCUGUAUGUUUUCCUUUUAAAAAAUUCUUUCAACCCGGACUUCAGGAAUGACUUGGUGUCAGUGAGGCAGAUUACUUUUCUCUGAGGCAAGUACAAGACUUUUAAGUGUCAUUUUAUCUGCCUGUUUAACCUGAUGUCUUGAUUUAUCGUAAUCACCUUUUGCGUGUAAGAGCUCUAUGAUGUGCGUAUACAUUUAUUUUGUGUUAAGCUCUGUAGUAAAUCACAGGUGUUUGGUGGUAACAAACUGGAGACUUUAUCAGUUGCACCUUGAUAUUUCAGGACUGUUUGACUGGUAACUAUUUAGACUAGCUGGAUUAAGUGUCAUUUUCAUACCGGACAGAGUUUUUAUAUUGCAGAGACAGUUUCACUGCUCUCCCUGCUGCUAACAUGAGCCGCAGUCACUUAGACGUCCAGAUAGCAAGCCUGAAAAACAGCAGCAAUAGCGGUUCAUGUUGCUAAAUGGUCGACAUAUCAUCUGGAUUUUAAUAGAAACUCGUAAAAAAUGAAACACGAGAAUAGUACUUGGAAAAAAAGACGUCAACGUUAAAAGCAGUAAGAUUAGGCCUUAACAGUGAGGGUUUCUUCAGAAUGAGGCGCCAAAAUUCAUUUUUUUUCCCAUAACAAAGAUGGCCGCCAGAUUUACAGGUGGCGACUAUUAUUGUCAGUUUGUGAGUUAAAACUGUAAAUUUUAAACGCUUCCCUAAAUAGUGUGCUCAGGUAAGCGUUUGAAUGAGACAAGAAGUAGAAGUUACGAAAAAUGUUUUUAAAUAUUUUGUUAUGGUCAGUUAAACGUCUUCAAAUGAGUUUUAGUUGGGUUUUUGCACAUUACAUUAGCUACGGUGUCUUUGGUGCUUUCUGUUUAGCACUCAAGUUUACAAUAAUACGACAUUUUAAUCAAAGUUAAAUGCUAAUUGGUACGAAAAUAGUGUUUAAGCUGACUUUUUUUUGAAAGGCAAAGCAUGUACAUUGAAUGUUAAUCAUAAUGCGCUAAUUUUUAAAGUGAUUUUCAUGUGGUUUGCUUCAUUUUAUUGCCAAAACAUGUCUUAUUAAUUAAGGACAUUUCUUUAAAAAAAAAGUUAAAUAAAACGUUCUGAACAGAUAGCACAUGUUUUGGCGUUGAAAAUAAAAUUAACAGCACAAAAAUGCAAGAUGGAUGCCGUCGCUUAACGUGCUGCUACUGCGUGCUGCUAUUGCGUGCUGCUACCGUGUACUGCUACUGCGUGCUGGUGUAUCUAGUCUUCUGUCUGUGUGGAUGAGUUCCAAUUAAAUGAUCAUAUUUAUAUACCAUGCCAUAACUUGUUAACAUAAUUUACUUUUAUGUUACAGCAGUCCAAAAUUUUAAAUGCCAAAAUAUAUAGAUCUUAUCUUUUUUGAGUUUGGCAUUUUUGACUGUUCUUAUUUGCCACUUGUGCAUUAAGACACCCAGUGAGCUAUUAUGCACUGUGCUCCUCUGGGUUGUUUGACAUGAAGGACUGAUUUUACAUUAUUGCCACCUGCUGGUCUGGCAUGCUUAGACAUCCGUUCUCUGUCUCUAUUUUUCAUAAAGUUUACUUGUAGGCAUUUUGGCAAAAACAAGCGAGAAUGUAUUUUCCUCUGAUAUAUUUUUAAGAUCCUAUGGGGGAAUUUUGUGUUUUGUUGGUUUGACCAAAACAGCUGUCUUUAAUAGCCAAACUCUAGUUGGUUUUGUGUCUUGACUUGUUGCCUGACUGACUUAUUUGUCGAAAUGAUUAUUCAAAGAGGGUUUUGAGACAUAAGGACGGCUCUAAGUUAUUUUGUCAGAAGUGUGUUAUACUUAUCAUUAUCUGUCACUAUAAAAAAUUGAAAUCAGGACCUCCUGGCUCAGGGCUGUUCACAUAAUACUGACAUCCAGCUUUGAAUGGUGAAUAAAUAAACAAACAGUGUCUCUUGAAACAUAAGUCAUAGCCUCAUGACACCCAUACAGACAUACAGAAUUAGUUACCUUAGAUUCAUUUAAUAUUAAUGCACCAUUAGCCAAGGAGUAUGCAGCUGGACACUGGCCCUGAAAUAGCUCCCGGGCUUGACACUGGCCUGCAGCCCCUGUGAGAGCAAGUGUGACAUGCCACAGAAGUAACUGACCGGGUCUCUAGAGUUCAAGACAAGGUCCAGCAGGCAAUAGACUGGAAAAAGACAAGAUUUAGUAACACACAGUGGAAGGCCACUCAUUUUGGUGUUUCAUGAACUUGUUAUGAUCUUAGUUUUUUUUAAAUGUGUGUCCCUUGUUUUCACAGAUUGAGGUGUGUGUGGUGGUGGCAUGGCCUUGUCGUUUUGCGGCAGUGAUGAUGGUACCAGCGCCUACAACGUGUCAGCGGGCGUAUUCACCAAUGUCUGCUUCGUGGAUGCGCUCAACCUGGUUCCUCAUGUCUUCCUGCUCUUCAUCACCUUUCCUAUCCUCUUCAUUGGUAGGUAGUGCUGUAUUAAUGAAGCACUCCACUUUAGUUUUGAAUUAUUAAUUAGCCUGUGAUGAUAAACAGGUGAUGAAACUUUUCCUCAUAAGGUUUAGAGCUUAGAUGACUUUCAAAGUUGUGGUGAUGUUUAGGAUAAAAAAAUGGACAGUUUGCAAAUACAUGAAAGCUAUAUUUAGUAGAAAAAAUGACAAAGACAACAUACCCAAUGUUGAAACUGCAAAUGUUAUCAUUUGAAAAAAAAAUCUAUAGCUAUUUUGAAUUUGAUGACAGCAACAGGUUUCAGUUGGGACAGGGCCAUGUUUGUGUCACCUCUUCUUUAACAACAGUGUAAAGGUUUGGGAACCAUAGAGACUAGGGCCCGACCAAUAUGGAUUUUUUGGGGCCGAUGCCAAUAGCGAUUAAUAAGGGGGAAAAGAUCUGAUUACUGAUAAAUCGGCCAAUUUUUAAAAUUUUUUAUGAAGUUAUAAAAAAUGUAAUAUACUGUAGAUAUCUACAGUAUACUAUAAACUGUAGAUAUACUGUAGGUUACUGCUCCUCACACUGACAGGCAGGUGCCUCCGCGUCUUAACUCACGUUACUCAUUUCCGGUCCGGUCUGAUCUGGAGACAUGCAGCUGCCUCUGUAAGAGAAGUAGCUCGAUCACGUAAUGUGUACUGUUGUUUAUUCUACUAUUACUGGCACGGCUAACAGUGUAGCAAGGCUAAUAGCAGAUGGCUAACUCUAACUUGCAUAUUACAUGGUGCUUCACCGUUAACUCGGCGUGACCGAGGCCAGCACAGCUGGGAACAUCGUGAAGUGGGUUGAACUGAAACUUGUUGACUUAUUGUCUACCUCUCAAACUGGUUUAUUUAUCGUUGAGGCGGACCACUCUCCUCCGUGCGUCCCUGAGCUGCCUGCUUCAGAUCCGUCACUCUGCUGUGCUGUGAGGUAGUUAGUGGAGGAAGAUUGUCAUGAGGUUGCUGCGCCAUCUGCAGGAUAAGUUGGGGAACUUUUCAGAUGGCGGAACAUUUUCAAAGUGAAACCGAAUCUUAUUCUCCGCAUUUUAUUUCUGAAAAUAUCAGCGAAAAUCGGGGAGUUUUGGACGAUUACUGAUACGUCUCAAACGGGCUAAAACUGGCAGAUUUAAUCAUUUCACCGAUAAAUUGCUCGGGCCCUAAUAGAGACCCAUUUUUGGAGAUUUGAAAGUCAAAUGUAUGUAAAAAGUCACCUUCAUCAUUUUUGUGUCAUGAUACACCAGCUCAUUUCAAUUUUAUGACAAUUUAGGACUGUAGGCAGCUCUGUUUAGCACCUGGACUCUUCUACUACCGAGCCAUUCUGUUGUAAAACAUGCAACAUGUCAUGUGUCAGUAUCUAUUUUCCUCUUUGUAUAGCACAGUUUUAACCUGCAUUUGUGGAUGCAGUGCUUAACUGUGUUCACAGACAGUAGAUGUAAGAGAUGAUUUGGAGCCCAUACAGUGAUUUCCGCUACAGAGUCAUGGCUAUUUUCAACGCAGUGCUGAGGGCCUGAAGAUCACAGCCAUCCGAUUUCAGUUAUCAGCUUUGUCCCUUGUGUGCAGGGAUUUCCCAGACGCUCCAAAUCUUUUAAUGAUAUUAUGUACUGUACUGAUGAAUAAUGUUGAGGAAAAUUAUUGGGAAAUUGUUGAACUAUUUGCUCACACACAGGGUCACUGAGUAGUAGACCUUUUCCCAUCUUUUCUUCAGAGAGAUUCAGAGUCCAAGCUUUUUGAAAUUGGGAUGGUAUUUCCCUGUAUGAGAUGAUUGCUCCAUUUGCAAACGAAUGACCUAGUAACCCACUUUUAAUCCCUUGGUGGUCUAUCCUUACCUAAAAAUCAUGCUGCAAUUCCGAAUGAGUGCGGUAAUUUUUGUUAUGUCAAAACACAAAUAUGAACUUCAGCUGCAUUUGAGGUUGGCUUGGAAAUUUUGAACAGAAGUGUUUUAGUGAGAGACGCUUAAGAUUUCUGGUGUCUGUGCAGAGAAAAUCACAGGUUGUUCUGUUUUUUUGUGCUUUCCUCUGACACACUUUACCUGUUUCCUGCUUCAUCCUCUUAAAACUUCACUGUUUCUGCUGGAAAGUCUCAGAAAUCACUGCGGCUGUCAGGACAGAAAUAAUCCUAUCAGGAUUAUCGGAGCAGGGACAGACACUCUGCUUAAUCUUUGUUCACAUUCAGACGUACAACAACAUAGUGUUUUGUUUUCAACAUCUGAUCUACCUGGAGGCAUCCCGGCUGAAAAAUUCAGAGUGGAGGGUUGACAUUUGAAUGCAUUCUUAAAUGCAGCCUCUAGUUUUGCCCUCUGCGACUGUGGCUGUUCUGAGUGAUUUUACAUUAGAAAAAAUUUGAGUGACACAAAAAACUGCUUCCAAAUUUCAAUCCUGUAUUAUUUCAGUGAUUAAAGACAUGAUACCUUGAAAGCCCUGAUGGUUGUUUGGAUCAGCUGCUUAUUUAUCUACGUAAUCCUCUUCAUCCAUGUCAGGCAGAAGGCCACAGCUCCCUCCCUCUCUCCCUCCCUUAUUCAUAAACAUGCCGAAUGUUCGCCAAGAUACGGUCAUCUUGGGUCAGCUGUUUUUGUCAUGGCUUUUGAUUGAAUCUUUUUGACCAACUCCCACGUUUAUCUGUGCCUGGAAAAGCCCUGUAAAAAACAAGCAUAGUGCUCAGUGAACAAUAUACUGUAUAUACUCCAGGGUAGAAAAAUUGAUUUUCUUGGAAAAAAAAAAAAAACAUUGCAAAUUAAAGAAAUGUAAAUUUCACAGUAAAAUAAAAAGGGUUUUUGCACUUUAAAAUGUUACCACUGUGCAGGAAAAAGGACAAUGCUGAAAAAAUUAAACAGUGAGCUGUUGUUAAAUAUGUACAUUAUACAGUGAUAUUCAACAUUGCAGUCAAAAAAGUGUGCAUUACAAAAUAAACAAGUGUUUUGCUGCAAGAAAUGUACACAACACAGUAGACAAUUAAAAUUUCACUAUUUAAAAACUGUUUAUUGCACAGUAAUAUAUGUACUUUGCAUAGAUUAUAUUAAUGUUGCACUAAACAUAUUUCAUAUAAAAACAAAUGAUGUUGCACAGAAGAUUAUUGCGCAGUGAAAACUGUAUGUUUCAUAUUUAUCAAGGUGACUCCAUGGUGAAAAAUGUAACUUGUACUAUAAAAAUGUACAUUUCUCAGAUACACACAAAUGUAUACUCUAAAGAAAAACUUAUACUGCAGGUUCAGAAUUGUGCAUUGCAUUGAAAAACAAGCAUAGGGCUCAGUUUAUUAUUAGACUGAAAUACUUCUAUGCAUUUCAGAUGUCAGCUGCAUGGAAGUAGAAAAAUAGUAUGAUGUAGUACAAAUGUUAGCAUGGUGUUAUUCAGAAUAAAGUAUACAUGUUUGAUCACAUUCUAUCUAACUGAAACCUGCACUUAUAACCAGGAUACUCUCUUGUAGUUUUCUUGACCUCGUGCCCUCAGAGGACCUGCUUUCUUAGAGUCAUCUGUUACUCCAGGGUCACUACAUGUCAUCUGGGGGGAAGAGCAGAUGUGAUUGAGAUAUCAAACCCCCCACCACACACACACAAAUAAUCACACACCCGCUCUCAUAUGUUGAGACACUUUCUCGUUGGUAGUGUGAACAUUAAGCAGCUUUAAGUUAAGAUGGGAUUAGUUGGGCGAUCCAGUGGUGACUGGGCUGCCUCUGGAGGAAAUAAUGAAGAAGAAACACUUGAAACUAAACUAAAACAAUCCAGGAAAAUACUGAAAAUACGACUGAAUGAUAUUAAGUAAGAGUGUAAAUGUGGAUGGAGUCAAAUAGAAGGAUAGAUAUGAAUCUGGAGGGCAGUUUGUUUUAAUUAAUGUGGUAUUGUGGUGCUUCUGCUUUCAUUACUGUGUUACUCUGCAGAGAAUAACACAGCAUGAUUGGUUAUAUGUUUAGAGCAUGUGUGGGUUUGUGUGUGUGUGUGUGUGUGCACAGUAGUUUAUGGGAAUAGUUCUGACCAGAAGCCCUUGGUCUGCUCCCUCAGGACUCACUAAUUGAUACUUCCUGGUUUUACUUUUUCAUGCUGUCUUUCCCUGGAGCCUCCAACAUGCCUGAGGUCCAUUUAGUUAAGAGCAGAGACAAAGCUAAUAGACUCACUGUCUGCCUGAAUAAAACCGCUGUGGUACUGAGCACCAUUUUUACUGAUCAGCUGAACAAAGUUAGAGAGAGUUAAUAGUUAGUGACUUUCAUUAUGGAUUUUAUUUUACUGUUCAGGACUUCUGGACACAUAUUUUUGGAAAUAAAGGAUUUUCUAAUGCCGAAAUGAAUUUGAGAAAACAACUUAAUCUCAUCAGUGAUUAUUAAAAGUGAUUACAGGCUUGAAAUCAGGAAAAUCAGGAUGCCAGAAUCAUGUCUGUGAAUUUUUUUUUCCAUGUGUUUGUCAGGUUGGGGCAGCCAAAGCUCAAAGGUCCAGAUACAUCACAACACAUGGCUCCAUUUUCCUGGCCACAACUUGAGAUGGAUCCUCACCUUCUUGCUGCUGUUUGUCCACAUCUGCGAAUUCGCAGAGGGCAUCGUCUCCAACAAGUCAGACCCCCAGAAAUCACGGUUUAUGCAAAUUAAAAGUUACCUGAGUUUUUGAUUUUCCAUUUUAACCUUAUUUUUCGUUUGUUUCGUGCUGUAGAGAGAUGAACACAGACCACCUCCAUCUCUUUGUGCCGGCCUUCAUGGGUUUCAUAGCAGGUACAACAUCAGUGGUUUACUACCACAACAUAGAGACAUCCAACUUCCCCAAACUACUGCUCGGUAAGACUCACCAGAAUUACAUUGCUGGAUGCGUGAUAGACAGUUAACAUAAAGAAGAGUGCAGAAAAGUGUGUUUUAUUCAAGGCUUUAAAUAUAUUUAUUUCUGCUCUAAAGUUAUUUGUGAAACCGUGUCAGCUGUAGUUGCAACACAAGACAAAUCUUGAUUAUUGCACUGAAUCCUUUUCUCUAUUUUUACACAGUGCUUUUCAUCUACUGGGUGUUGGCAUUCAUCACAAAGUCCAUUAAGCUGUGGAUGUUUGCAAAUAAGUCCAUUGGCCUGCAAGAAUUGAGGUUCUGCAUCACAGCUUUAUUAGUUAUAUUGUACGGGCUGCUGAUGGCUGUGGAGAUCAACGUCAUCAGAGUCAGGGUGAGCUAUCAUGUUCCUUCCACCGCUGAUGAUUAAAACACCUCAAGAGUGUCAGAUAAAGGUAUUAUAAGUGCAUGCUACUUUUUUUGUGGAAUUCUGCUGCAUAUUUAAUCAUUAUUUCUCUUUUUUUCACAUGUCUAAGAGGAAUUUUUUGCUCUGUUGAAAUAACAUGCAUAUCUGUCUUCAAAGUUUACGGUUUUGUCCUUCUCUUUCCUUGUAGAAGUACAUGUUUUUUGCCAACCCACAAAAGGUAAAACCACCUGAAGAUCUGCAGGAUUUGGGUGUCCGGUUUCUGCAACCAUUUGUCAACCUGCUCUCCAAGGUAGAAACGAACACAAUGUUUUUUAAGAGUCAAACCCAUCUGAAAUAUCUUGAAUAAAAAUGAGACAAAAUGUGUAAAACAGGCCUUGAAUAGAACAGAAAUAGAAGAUGAUUACACUAUUUCUUGGCACAUAUUCAGGCGACAUAUUGGUGGAUGAAUCCGCUCAUCAUGGGAGCCCAUAAGAGGCCCAUCGAGCUGAAGAAGAUCGGCAAGCUGCCCAUCGCCAUGAGAGCCCUCACCAACUACCUCCGGCUCAAAGACGCCUAUGAGGACCAGAAGGUGGGCAGAGUGUCUGAUUAAACACAGUUAAAAUGUUCCAAGUUUUUGCUUUUACAGUCUGCAUGCAUGUUCUGGGUCUUUCGAUGUAGACACCUGAUGAUCCGGAUCGCAGUCCUUCGAUCUGGCGCUCCAUGUAUCGAGCGUUUGGCCGUCCCAUCCUCCUCAGCAGCACCUUCCGCUACCUGGCUGACCUGCUGAGCUUCGCUGGACCGCUCUGCAUCUCUGGAAUUGUGGACAAUAUGAAAAAUGAGACCAAUGCAACUCAAAUAGGGGUGGGUACAUAGGUAGAGUUCACCUGUAUGAUGUUUUUAUGUUAGAUUCUGUUAUCUUUGUAUUGAUGAGUUUUGGUUAUGUAAGAGAGAAGACCAAAUGAUGGUGUCUUCAUAUAAUUAUUUUACUAAUGUGAAGAUUAGAGAAAGUGUGUCACUGGGUGUUUGGUAAAUACAGAAAAUUUGUGACUCAAUACUUGUGUAAUUUCAUCCAGGCGUUGGUUACAGUCAAUGCGUCACCACCAGUAGGUGUGAGUCUGUGUGACUGCAUGUCUAAGAGUGAGAGUAAGGCCAAUGUUUUUUUUUUUUUUUUUUUUUAUAUUUAUGAUUGUCAGACUUUUUUUUUUUGAGAAUGGAGAGUUAAUUGAGGAAACAGGAAAGAGGGAGUGGGGAGGGACAAGGAGUAAAGAGCCAGGGGUUGGACUCAAACCCAGAUCGCCUGCUUCAAAACUGAAGCCUCUUAAUCUGGAUUUAACCAAAAAGAUAUACUUUGACCUCGUGCUGCUGUUUACAACUAGAAAUAUCUAAAAAGGCCAAAAAAACUCUAGAGCUGAAAUGGUUUUUACACUCAAUGCAAUUUAAGUUGUCUUUGAUAUUGUUAUUGUUUGCUUAUGUAAGUCACUAUACACUUUAUUAAACUUAAAAGUGGUCUCUCACUGUGAUCAUUCGUAGGUUUCUGAAGAGGUACAAUGAAGUGCAGUUUGCACAUUGCUGUAAAAUUAGUAUACCUACAAAUCAGCAAAAAAGAUGAUUAGUUAGUCUGUAUUUUUUCACUUUUUCAUCCCAGAAAACUUUUGAUCCUUCUUGAUUAUUUAGCAUCAUAUGGUUGAGCUUUUCUCCUACAGGACUUUAAUAAACAUCAGCCUUUAUAGCAUAAUGAAGCAGAUGUAGCAGACAGAGAAAGAGCAGAUGAUCUUUUUGGCGCAGGGAGAAGUGCAGCGUGGCCGAUCUGAUCAGGAACAUUGACUCCUCUUAAAUCCAUGCCAGCCUCCUCCAAAAGGUCUCACUGUUCACGGAGCUUGAAGGAGAAGCAGAGCAGGUGCUUGUGUGUUGACAGAUGUAUAUUUUCAUUCAGUCCGUUUGGCUGGAUGUUUCCUCUGGUUAAUGUCCGGCGUGAGCUGUUGUCGGGCUGUGCCUGCUUGUUAAAGUGGGUAUAAUGGGCAGCAGAGAUAGAGAGCAGAGCAGCGCUGCAUUUCUGACUGACAUGGAAAAUUUCCCACUCACCUCACACUCAGUUUCAUACAGAGGGAAAGUCUGUGGAGCAUCAGGCUGAGCUUUUUGUAUUACACAAUAUGAGUGUGUGUGUGUGUGUUAAUGUUGGAUUUAAUCCAGUUUAUUUAUAGGUGUGCUAUGCAUGUGUAAAAAGUUCUGGCUUAUUCAUUCAUAGUGCUUAGAGUUGGCUCACAGAUCAAUGCCUUCGUAUGUGUGUGUGUGUGUGUGUAUGCAAAUUUAUCAUUUAAAACUUGUUAAUGAACGAAAUAACUGAACAGCUAGUCUUUAUUUUUGUAUAACCAGGUUUUACUAUCUUGAGUGAUUGUACUGAACCACUCUGGGGGUGAAAUGUGUCCGGGCUCGGUUGUGAUCUCACUCUUUUCCCCCCGUUUUAUUAGUUCUGUGCUAAACUAUCCCAAAAUAUCUCCUUCUAACCUCUGGCUUGAAAUUGUUAUUGUGAUAUUGAUGGUUUUAAUGAAGAUAUUUCUGGUUCUCCAGCUUGUGGCUUUGUUAGAUUUGUACUAGGAUUGAACUGGAAAUGAACAGGUUGAUCUGUAAUGUUGGAGACUUUCAAGAAGCAGAACAUCUUGUUAAAGUUCGCUGUAUCUCUGUGUGUGUGUGUGUGUGUGUGCACGCUUUUGUUGUAGAAGAGGGAGUUUGGCGUGUACUUCAUGUCCUCCUUUGAGCUGCUGCAGAAUACCUCAGUCCUGGCUGUGCUCCUCUUCCUGGCUCUAGUCCUGCAGAGGACCUUCCUGCAGGCCUCCUACUACGUCACCAUAGAAACGGGGAUCAACCUGCGGGGAGCACUGCUGGUGAGUGAAACAUUACAGGAAGCCAGGCUGCGAUGUUUUGAUUCCAGGUUGAGGUGUUGCUUUAAAAGGUCUCUGUGAUUGAUUUACCUAAAGAAAGUUUUAUUGAUUUUACUUCACCCUCAGACAAACAGCUGAGGAAACGGCAGGUUUAAAGCUACAUUGAUAUAUGAGACCAACAGAACGUCUCGGUACUUUUUGAACACAAAUGGAGCAGUAGGACCUGGUUUAACAUUUCGACCCACAGAAAUGUGGGGUGUGUCACUCUGUGUCACAAAGUCAGUAUAAUUUCAGUAGGACAGUUUAAGAACUUGAGGAUAAGAAUCUUCAUAGGUUAUCUUGAAAUUAUUACCAAUUUAUCUGAUUUAUGUUGAUAAUGAUGAAAGUCUUUGGACACUUUUUACUCACUAUAAAUCUGACAGCCUGCUCCAUUACUCUUUUUACUAAAUCUGCAGACAGAAACUUUUUCACUUUUAAGCUCUUUUGGUUCUUACAAAAACAGACAGUUUGUCAUCAGAAAUCUUGGAGGUGUAGCCCCAGAAAAACAUCAGAGAAAUCUUUAUUUCUUUAGUGUUGUUAGUGAUUUAUGUUACCCAGACUAUUUGUUUCAGAGGAGCAGACCUGCUAAGAUAACUGAGUACUCUUGUGAUCAUGACUACUUAGCUAUAAAAAGCUGUGCUAACAAAAGCAGUAGCUCAGCUGACAGCAUGUACUGGCUGUUGGAGCUGCGUGCUGCACAUGGUCAGUUGCGGUGUUUUGGUGUUGCGUAUCGGGUGCUGCCAUGAUGUAAGAAACAGAGGCUGAACUCGAAAGUAUUGUGGGCUGAUAUAUCACAGGAGACGAGCAACAGAAAUGGCUCAUUCAUGCGUGUAGCGUGUCAACGAUGCCAAGCUCCAUCACUUAGCCUCUCCGUGGCUUUAGUAGUUGUCCUUCUUUUCCAACAUAUAUGAUAAUUUUUCUGAAACUUAGCUUUUAAUGCAAUAUAGGUACAAUGUCAAUAAAAACAGAAUUUGAUGUUUUGCAGAUCUCUUAUUUCCACAAACAACAUAUGAAAUGUUAAAACCAAGAAAGUUUUCUUGUUUUAUGUUUGAUUCUACUGCCUGUUUAUGAUGUAGAGGUUGCCAGUGUUUCUUAAUUAAAAACUCCACAGAUCACGGCCAUUUAGUAUUGGUUUUCAGCCUUGGCCCUUUUGUACAGAUUUCCCCAUUAUUCUGAAAUUGUUGAACUAUUUGCUCACACAGUCUCUUACAAAGUGGUGAACCUCUUCUUUACAGAGCUGAAUCGGGGUUGUAGUAUAAUGGUAUCCACUACACUUAACUUUAGCAUAAAGUGCAAUACUUAAGAAAAAUAAAUCAAAGCGAGGCAUAAAAAAAUCCAAGAAGAAACAGAAAGAGGGAGGUAGAAGUCUUGGCAGAGUUACAUGAGUUUAUUAGUGAGUUAGGGAGGGAAUGCAUGAGUUUAUAUCUGCUGUGUAUACACAAGAGGACUGGUGUUAUGUAUGGAGAGUAAAGAUACAGGUUUAGUUCAGUAUGUGUCGAGGAAUUCAAAACACUUCAGUGUAAAGUUGGCCGCUUUCCAACUUCUUUUUGAAGUCUUAGUGUGUUUGUUUCAUCUGUGAAAUUCAAUUCCUUCUUAGGUUGUGGUCAUUUUACUUAAAGACAACAAGAAACUCGGAUUAACUAAUAAGAGGGUUCACUCUGAUUUCUUCAAGUUCUGCAAACACAAACAUACUUCUGCCGACUUUACUUGAAAGCAGAACCACAGCCGCUUAUUUAUGAUCAUUCAUGUUCAUUUUUUAGGCCAUGAUUUACAACAAAAUCCUUCGCCUGUCCACCUCCAACAUGUCGAUGGGGGAGAUGACAUUGGGGCAGAUCAACAAUCUGGUUGCAAUAGAGACAAACCAGCUUAUGUGGUUCCUCUUCCUCUGCCCGAACCUGUGGGCCAUGCCUGUGCAGGUAAUCAGAACUGAUCUUCCACACAUUGUCACCCAAAUUUAUCUUGAUUUAAUCUAAUUUAGUAAAGUUUUAUUUCUUUUUCUUUGCAGAUUGUGAUGGGAGUGAUCCUGCUCUACUAUUUGUUAGGCCCCAGUGCUUUAGUUGGAGCGUCUGUCAUAGUUCUGCUGGCUCCGGUUCAAUACCUCAUAGCUACAAAGUUGGCAGACACACAAAAAAGCACACUAGUAAGCAGCUCACUUUUGUUUUGUAUCUGUUUUGUGUCAUUUUGUGACAUUUUUAAUCAGGGUCAUGACUCAAGCACUGUUUAUCUUGAAGUUAACGUUGGAGCCAUUUCAGUCCUGUAUUUUGAUUUACAGGAACACUCGACUGACCGUCUAAAAAAGACCACAGAGAUCUUAAAGGGCAUCAAGCUGCUGAAGCUGUACGCCUGGGAGAACAUCUUCUGUGACAGCGUGGAAGAGACGAGAGGCAAAGAGCUCACCAGCCUCAGGACCUUCGCUUUCUACACAUCCAUGUCCAGUAAGAUCAAACCAGAACCUGUGAAUGUUGGUUUGAAUUAUUUCUAAACAUCUGAGUGAUUCACAGUUGGAUAAAGACAGGACUUAAUCAGUUCAGCAGUUACAAAAAAUGGUCCUUUACGUCUGAACUCGUGAGCUGUUUUUUGGGUUCAUUUACAUGAUGCACAUCAUAACACUAUUUCUUUCUUUCUUUGCAGUUUUCAUGAAUGCUGCCAUCCCCAUUGCUGCUAUUCUUGCGGUAAGAUUAUUUUAACACAGGGUAUCUGUGGGGUCCUAAAACAUCUUAAAACUUCUAAAAUCCAAUAAUUUAAAUUUGAAUGAAGGCCUAAAAAUGUCUUAAGUUCUCUUAAAAUCUCAUAAAAUGUCUUCAAUAUGAUUUUGAAAAUUCUUAAAAAUUGAUUGAUUUGAAGUCAUGUAAAAUAUUCAGAUUUCCCUUCAUGUCUUUUGCAUUUUUUUGCUGGUACGGAUGUAAAAUGGGUCUUAAAUCCUUUUCAUUACGGUCUUAAAAAAAGUCUUGAAAAGUCUUACUUUGUGGGUUAGUGCGCCCCACAUCUAGGGACUAAAGUCUUGGCAGCGGUGCGGGUUCGAGUCCAGACCCGACCAUUUGCUGCAUGUCCUCCCUCCUCUCUAGAGUCUUAAAACGUCUAAAAUCUAAUAAUUUGAAUUUAAGGCCUUUAAAUGUCUAAAGUUCUCUUAAAACUUCAUAAAAUUUCUUAAAUAUGAUUUUGAAAGUUUUUGUACUUUUUUUGCCAGUGUGAAUGUAAAAUGGGUCUUAAAUUGUAUUCAUUACGAUCUUAAAAAAAAUUCUUAGAGUCUUAAAUUUGACUUGGUGAAACCUGCAGAGACCCUAAAACACACUUUUAUUGAGUUAUUUAAGGGAUUUUUUUGUGUUUGAUGUGGAAACUCCAUUUAUUGUUUAUGCCACAAAAGAAAUCUCUCAGUUCUGCUCCAUUUAACAAUUUUAUGAUACAUGUAUCUAGUAAGCGUAUUGGUCUCAAAGGAUGGUGAUCAAUGCUGCUCCUUUAAUGAGAAACUGCUAAGCUACAGUUUUCUGCAUACAUUGCCAACCCUGCCAUGUAAUUUAGCUAAUUUUGAGAGGCUCUCACCCAAACGCUCAACUUUGAUUAAGUGUAAUCUUUUUUUUGCAACAUUUGCAGUGUCGUCUUUUGAUGAAAAUGGAUGAUAACAUUUGAAAUUUGUGUUUUCUAGACAUUUGUGAUGCAUCACUUCAUAUAUGGCUCUUGUCCCGGUCCUGCGAAGGCUUUUGCUGCUUUGGCCUUAUUCCACAUCCUGGUCACUCCCCUCUUUCUGCUCUCCACAGUCGUCAGAUUCGCCGUCAAGGCCGUGGUCAGGUGAGAGUGUGUGUUUGUGAGCUGAAAAUGCUCCUUCAAAGAGAGAGACUGUUGUUAGUAAGUCACACUGGCUGUGGCAGGUCAGAAGUGGGUGUGAACUUGUCUAUACACAGAUAACACCCAAGCUGUGUUCCUCCUAUUAAAUCUAAUUUAAGGAACACCAAGGAAACCUGACAGCAGUGAGUGGAAACUCAAGACUCCUAAGAGAUUACUGCUUUUGGUAUCAUUACAAUUACGCUCACGCACUGUAUAUGUGUGUAUCUUGGUGUUUGUGCGCAUGUGAUCACAGCGUCCAGAAGCUUGGUGAGUUCCUUCAGAGUGACGAAAUUGGAGACGACAGCUGGAGAAACGGAGACAUGUGCACUUCAAUAGAGGCUGGAAAGAAACAUCUUGGGGGGGUGAGUGUCUGUGGCACUGAUCAAUCAUUUAAAUAAGGCACGGACAAGGAAAAUGUAUCAUACUAUUUUAUGGCCCGAUCUGCGGAGUGGGGCAAGGAGCUGUAAUUGUCUUAAAAGGAUGCAUUCAGUAUAGAAAAAAUGAGAUUAGUCUUUUGAAAACAGUGUCUAAUGUAUUUACUUGGGCUGAAAUUACAAUUGUAAGCAAGGACGGAGGAUCUGCAGCAGCGCAAAAAAAUGUCAUUUGCUGAUAAAGAAGCAUGCUGCAAGAGCAAUUGGUAUAUGCACAGAAAAUACAUGAAUGAUGCAAAAUCAAAAACCUCUAAAAGUGCUAAAACACAGCGAGAAUAAGCCUCAUACUUCUUGAUAACAAAGACCAUUUCAUUUUCUAGAAAGAGAGUUCUGCCUUUACAAAAGUUGACUCUGACGCAGCAUGCUGCAGCUGCCAAGAAAUCUCUCUGGUGUUCUUAGCUCCAUGGACAAAGUUCAGGUCAGUGAGGUGUUCCAGAUCAACCAGCACACAUUCUUUCCAUGUUCCUCCAGGUAGGUUUCCAAAAUAGACAGGUUAUUGGAGCAGGGUAGUACUUAGCAAUGAGCAAAUGUGGCCAAAGGAUAUUCAUAUAUUCAAACAAUGAUCCCAAUUGAUAAUGCACAGCUACUGUAACUAAAAACCAAGAGUUCAAUUCAGAUCUAUUUUAGAUUUAGAGCAUCAACUCAUAUAAACAUAGCUGAAUGCAGGGAUCUGUUGCUCUGUAUCGAAUGAACUGAGAUUGGAUUUCUACCGGCUGCAUACCUCCUUUGUAGUCCUGGGGUUGUGAGCAUGUUGUGAUACAGCGAUUGAAUGUUGCUGUACUUAAUUUAUAGGUCAUGCUGAAUCUCCAAGACUGAUGUUAUUUUUGUCAAGUGUCGAGGGUCCUUAAACCCCCCCCCCGUGAGCUGCAGCAAAGACUUUAAUCUUCUGUCUGUCUGACGUUUCAGGCGACUGAGUCACACACUGUUCGUUAUGUUGAAUUGGGAUUAACACUGUUUGUGUCGGAAAUAGACACUCAGACUACAGGCAGAGUGACUCAUUUAACUAUUUAGAGUUCUAUUGGCUUGCAAUUAAGAAUGUGAGCCAUAGUGCUGAAACACACCCCUCUAAUUAUGUACACAGUGACUUUACUCCUAAGUGUUGGUGUCAGAGCAAUGCGAGCUACUUGAAUCAGAAAACCGUUAUAGUGAGCAGAAGUGAUUUUCUCCAAUCUUUUACGUCAUUAUUCUGUGCUUCGAUGCCUCUCGAAAAUGCCCUUUUUGGGGUCAUUUUAAAGCAACUGCAUUAGUUGGCUUCUAUAAACCUAUUACCAAACUAAAGUGUUAAAGUGCUGACUGAAAGAAUCUAAUUUUUAAGAUUUCAAACAGUGCACAUGAGAUCUAAGUAGCCAGUGCUGGGCUUUUACGAGAAUGUACUUUCUAUGAAAUUGCUAAAUCAAUCAAAAAGUACAGCAAGUAAUGAGACUUUACUUAUUUCUGUUUUAGUUUAGAAACAAAAUGGAUUCUCUGCUCAGUCGUCAGGUCUUUUUGCAAACUCAUUCAUCCACUAGUACAGCAAAGGGAACUACUUUUUGGUUUCUAAAUGACCUUUACACACAAGGCUUUUUCAAGAACAGAGAGAUAUAGAGGGGAGAAAAGAAGUUAGUUGCUUGUUUGGGUUCGGGAUUACCCCCACCGAGUUUGGUUGUACACUCUACCUCCCAUGUUUUACUGGUUAGAAGUGUAAGAAAAAAGGAGAGGGAAAUAGUAAAAAAAAGAUGUGGAUUAAUUGUCGAAAAUACAGUCAUAGUUCUUUAUAGCUUUAAUCCACAAUCUUUCUCACAUUAGUUUAUUUUACACAAACGCAUCAAAUAUGAAAAUAAUGUCUCAAAAAUCCAAGAAUAUUACUGCUCCUCAGCUGAGCCUAAUGUUUAGAUUCAUAAUAAGCCAUGUUAAAGUCAUCGGCAUGCUGUUUAUGCCACCCACCAUGUGUUAUGUAACAGCAGCCUCUUGAGUGGCCACUCAGCAAGAAUCAAAGCGUAGGUUGCUAUUAUUGUAUUCAUUACAAAACCACAUAAUGCAUCAAAGGGCAGAGUCCUCGUCAUGAUGCUCCACUGCCCUAUUUUUCAACAUAAGCAUACAUCAAUGCCCCUGGAAAAGUAGUUAUUAUUGCUGCUUCUCCACUCUGCGUGCGUCCUCAGAAAAAUACUUUGCAUUACCUUUAUUGUUAGUAUUCUGUAGUGGGAUGCACAAACACAAUAUGACUUGAUAUGAGUUGUGUAGACGUAUACUAAGAUGCGGUAUAUUUUUUAUAUUGGGUCCAAGUAAAUAGAACAGGACGUCGUGCUAGCUGUUUGGUUAAAAUCUCACGGGCAGCAUUCCCAAGUCUCAAAGGGAACCCCUCCACUACUUCUUCUCUCUAGGGAGUGAAGCGGAUGCAGGAGCUAUAAACUGUUGUGAAGAUUAGGUUCUGAUUAUGACCAAGGCAGCUGAGUUUUGGACCAGCUGAGGAUUAUGUGGAAAGUUGUGAAAGAAACUAGAGAGGUGCCACUUGGGAGGCAACUUUAGCAUUGGCAAGAAAAAAUGAUGCUGUUUGUAGUCCAGCAUGUGGCAGAGGAAAGAGUUGUUUAUGUAAAGUGUGAAAAUGUUAGUUUUGGUUCGAGUGGAUUUGAAAUUAACAAAACUAAUACCUAUAUUAAUGCUAUCAAUUUUGACAAAUUAAACAAGUGAACCAGGACAUCUGUGAGCCAAGAUGGUGGAGGGGUUGAAUUUGGCUCAGAGGACAGAUAGAAAUUGGUGUCAACAGUGCAGCAAUGAAACGACCCCUGAUUUUCUGAAAAUAGGACCUAAAGGUUUGAAGUAGACAGUGACCUCAAGGGGACCUAGAAAAGUUCCCCGAGGAACUCUGGUGGUUUCUUGGGAGGGUUCUGAUCUGUAGUUUUGUUGCUCUGUUUCUCGAUUUUAUCAUUUCUAAAUCUGAGAAAGUUUCAAGCGAACAUGCAUUUAACUUCAUUUACAUGUUUUGUAAGGUAAAAUGGUAGAAGGACGGCAUUUUUUUUGUAGGACAGAUAGAAAUGGGUGUCAUCGGUGUAGCAAUGGAAAUGACCACCAAAUUUUCUGAAAAUAUGACCUUGACGGAGGAGGUUGACAACAAAAAAAGAGGACCCAGGACAGAUCCCUGAGGAACCCCAGGGGUUAACUGGUGGUGGCUGGUAGUGGCGUGCUCGUGAAUCCAGCAGGAGCUAAUUUGUCAAAACUCUUUCUUGUUAUCUUUUCAUAGACUAAAGCCAUCAACCGGAAGAAGCCCAUGCGCUACCAGAUGGACAACUACGAGCAGCCGACACGCCGACAGAUGAGACCCACUGAGACGGAGGAUGUGGCUGUGAAGGUCAGGGUCAAAGUUCACUCGUUGGGGAAUGUAUGAAGGGGGUGAGAACAGAGACAAAUGAAAAAAACACUACAAGGUUAGUUUGAUGGAUAAAGAUUUUAUAUUUUUGAUUAUGAAGAUGUAUAGUCAAGAAAAAAUACUGAUUGUUUCAUAAAAUUCUUGGUUAUGGAAUAUUUGAUCUUACUGUCAGACAAAUUUAAGGCUUUUCUGUAUUUGAGAGAGGAAACUGUAAAUUCAGCAGAUUUGAAACUGAUGAACGCAGCCUCUUAAACUGCUUCAUGGCACUUUGACGGCCCACUCCAUGAGAUAAAAUCAAAGUAGACCUUUGGGAAAAGACCAUUUUAGGUACAGAGGCAUGGGUUGCUAGAUUUAAAGGACUGGAGAUAGGAGAGGGUGGUAUAGGCAGAAGAGAAAUACGACAAUGUUUUAAGUAAGAUAUGGAUGUUGUUAAAGAUGAUAGAUUUAAGAUCCCUUUAAAAUAGCAAUGUGAAAACCUUGAGUAUCAUCAUCUCUGAGACUUCUUCCCAGAACAGAAAAAGCUGCAUUAAAACAUCACUUAUCCAUCUACUUAGUUUUGAAAAUGCAAUUUGAAAGUUUUGGAAAUAUCAACCCUACAAUAUUAUCAAACACUUUUGGAUCAAGAGAAUUUACUUUGGUGCAAAUAAGUCAAAACACUCAGACACAGGAGAGGUGAGAAGAGCAAGAGGAGAAUCCCUUUGUCAGAUCUGAAUCAAUUAUUAUGAAAUAGAGACCAAAGAAUCAUCAGGCAACAUGGACUGACUUCACUGUAAAGAUCAUUUGUUAUAUUACUAACAUCUUCUUACAUCAAAUGUUUCGAUAAUAGGAGGAGGUCGUGAGCACUCACACAUCGUCACGUAGGAGCUGCUCCCUAAUACCAUCAUUUAUUUAACUCCAUCAACAGCUGUUUCAUAUCUUCGCUGUUUGUACAUCCGUGGGUCAUCUGCGGGUGCGGGGAAUCAUACAUGUGACGUGUAUUUGUGCGUGUGUAGUCUCUGUCCUCUCAGGAAGUGUAGGAUUCACACGAGAAUUUGUUGCCCCUUAAAGAGCCCUGUGGCCCCUCUGUGAAGGCCGCUCUUCCUGCUUCAUCCCUGCGGAGCGACUCGACUGACCAGACUGAGGUCUGUUAAUUAGAGGGAGAGAAAGAGAAAGAAGUCGGACGACACGUAGGCUUCUGGGAUUUGUCUUUUUAGAUUUUCAUUCAUAAAAGCUUUCACUUUUUUUUUUUUUUUCUCUGAACAUUGCAUGAGUACAAGAUUUUCCUCAGUGAAAGUGUUGAAUGGAUGCAGGAGUUUGAUUUUGGGGUUAUAAUCAAGCUGCAGCCUCUGCUAUUGGAGUGAAGCCAAUUUGGGAGAACUGCAGCUCCUUUAGCGUCCACUUGGGGCAAAGUGAAAAAGCCAAGGCAUCCACAUUUGGUCCCCUGGUGAAACUUCUCAUGUUUGUAGUCUGGCUCAAAAACUGUUUUGGUCUCAUCGGCUCAAAUGUUUGUGUGUAAAAACUGUGAAUGAGUAUUUAAAUAAUGCACCUGUUUCGAAUAUAUGGAGGCAUGAAAAAGGGCGGGGCUUAUCUGACAUACUGGUGGAUAUAUUUUUACUACUGCUUGCAAAUUGGCUUCGGGUCCACCUAAUACUACCUGUUUCUAGAAUAAUCAAAGGUUGAAUUGCCAUUUCCAAUAAGGCAACUUAUAGGUGACAUUGUAGAGACUACAUUUUUUUUUUCUUUGAGCUUUUUGCCUUUGGUUUGUGACAACUGAAGGGACAGAAAAUGUGGGGAAAAGCAGGAAACAACGUCCACCAGAUAAGACCAGAACUUAACGAGGUGUGGCGAGGGAUGUAGCCCUUGAACAUGAGGCGUCUACUUUCCAAACUGAGCUGCACCCUCUGGUGUUCAUGUUUAAUGCAGUCUGGGGCUACUUAACUCAGAUCAUUAAUUUUGAGUGUUGGUGAUAUUAACCCAAAUCCUGAAAAGCUUUUUUUUUUUUUUUUUUUUUUUUUUUUCAUACUCGUGGGCAGGUUUUAUGACGUCAGGACACAAGUUUAUUUCAUAGUAAAUGUCUCUCUUGUCAUGUGGUAAGUCUUGCGUCUAAGAAGUUGAGAUAACAGCUUUUUCUUUGUUCUAUUGUCAUAAUAAGUCAACCCUCCAGGUUCUUACGUCCAACACUACAAAACGGUCAUUUAUAACAUUUUCGUGCCUCAAAGAUACUUUAUGUCACACAGGUAAUUGUGGUUGUUGCUCCAUGGCAGAAAAGUCUGUUUUGUAAAACUUUGAAAAAAGUUUUUUUGAUGUUUUCCAAGAGAGAAAUUCACAGGGAGUGUUUUUUAUUUUGUGCUCAUCUAGUUAAACAUGAUUUUUUGCGACAGCUUCUGUUCAUUGUUUACCCGCUAUACUUUGCUUUAUAACGUCUAACCCCAAAUGUCCUCAUUUUUACCAUGCACUCCCCAUCUUGAUUUUCCAUCCUUAUUUCUGCACUUAUCUGAUCUUUCUUACCCUUUUUCUUUAAAUAUAAUCAUCUAACCUCUGCUUUUAAUUUUAGUCUGAUUUUGAAACCUGAUGACAACAUUAUCAUCAAACCAGAACUACCAGAUUUAUAACAGGUAGAUAUCUCUAUCUCCUGGAUGUCUUUUGGGAGCUGUGCCACAGGGAGGACGUGUUUGUGGAGCGAGGUCUCAAAAAUAAACAUUAAAAUAAACAAAUAAAUUAAACUGAUGGGAGGAAUGUCAACAGAGUUAUAACAGGAAGCAGGGUUACAGAUGAGGAUUAGAUAAGAAGGAGUCAAACAUGUUUCUCUGCUGUUUGACAGUAAAUGACCAAACGAGUUCAUUUUAGGUGUGGUGGGAUUUUUAACUUCAUCUUUGAAAUCUCACUCUGCCUGUGUGGUAAAUAAAUGUUACAAAAACAAGGACACAAGUUCAGUUUCCACAAAUAAACAAGCCUGAGUGGAAAAACUCAUUUAGACACCCUAGGCUGUUGUACUUCCUAAAAUCUGUCUUUUUUUUACUUUUUUUAAUCAGCUCUGGACACCAUUAGCUCAGCGUGAGUCUGUCAUUCAGUUUUCACACCAGUGAACUCAAAGUUUGGGUUUCUUGAACUCAAGGUCAGGUCAUAAAGUCAGUCAUGUGCUUUUCUCCGUCACUGGGCCCACACAAAAGAAGAAAACAACACGUAGACACGAGUCGCACAAGUUCAAUUUACAGUAAGUUAUUAAAUGUAAACCAGUUUAUAACUCUGUUUCUGUUUUUGUUUUCGUUUAGGUAACUAAUGGAUUCUUCACUUGGGGGAGUAACCUGUCCACGCUGUCUGAUAUCAACAUCCGUAUCCCAACAGGUGGGAGGAUUAUGUUACGGCAAAGAGUCAGUGAGGCUUUUUUUUCCUCCUCUGCCUGUGGGGGAAAAGUCGAGUUCGUGCUCAUGCUGUAAGAUCACUGCGUGAGAGCCUUAAAGCAAUGCUGCAGUAAUGUUACUAAAAUAUUAGGUGUCAGGGGACCAAGCCAGAGUGCAGCCUGCUAACAGAUGGACCGUGUAGUAUAUCACACUCGCUGACACACACAGAGGUUUCAUCCUCUGAGAAGUGACUUGUUUGCUGUCCCAGUUAUGUUACUACAACACAAACAGGAGCGCUGCCGGUUUGGUGUUGUUGAGUUUUUUCUGAACUUGUGUGUGAAUCAUGUUGUCAGUGGGACUUUGAAAUGAUAAAGCUUAAGUUUGGAGUCACAGUGAGUAACUUCAGGUUGAAUGGAGGUUUGCAGGACUGAAAGAUAAAUUUAGGGCAGGAGGAGGGAGUGAAGUCACCGGAGCAGAGGAAUUAAAGGAUGUACACAUGUCUUACAGCUUCUGAUCGAGUAUUAAAUAGUUGUUUUGUUGUACAGCUUCAGUCUAUAGCUCUGUAACUGAGCCUUUUCUGACCUUUGACCCCACCGUGGAGGUCAUACAAUUCUCAUGACCCCGUUGAAAACUGUGAAUUAAGAAUAGCAUGUUUUUACAAGAGCAUGUGGCUUAUAUUUGUGGGCGGCAGCUAGUAAGAUUCAGACAAAAAUGUACAUGUUUGUUUGAGUGAAUUCCUGAACUUCGGAUUAAAUCUAGGCAAGGCAAGGCAAGUUUAUUCACGGAGCACUGUUCAUACAUAAAGCAAUGCAAAGUGCUUUCCAGAGUUUAAAAACAAAACAAGAUAACAUCAGUGGAGUUAAAGAAAUAUGGCAUGAGGCAAACUUAAGCGCUGAAUUAAAAAUAUGUUCAUACAUGAGCAAAAAAGACAGAGGGCAUCAGGCAGAAAUAAGAAAUAAAUAGAUAAAAAACAUUUGAAAAUCCUCAAAUUUGAAGAUUACUGAUUUAUAAAUCAGUCUUCAUGCCUGUCAGUGUCUUAAUUCUUUGAAGUCCUUGACUACAGAGUCCCAUCAUGACACACAGAUUCACUUCCUGAUCACGCCUCAGUCUAAAGUGAUUCUGUGUCACAGUCCACCCCAGAACCUCUUCCUCACGUUUAACUCCUUCUUAGUCAGGUACAGCCCAAAGCUCCUCAAAGACCCCACACAGGAGGGCCGGGUUGGUACAAUCGAACUGCAACACACAGUAUACUGGUAUACUGGGUUUGGAUCAUCAGAGAUCGUAAUGUAAACGUUUCACACCAAGUUAAUCGAAUCUGUAAAAGACAAAUAAAUAUUGCAUCAGAAGCAGACAUAAAUACUCGCCCAUAUUUGUCUCUUCAGGUCAGCUGACGAUGAUAGUGGGCCAGGUGGGUUGUGGGAAAUCGUCCCUGUUGCUUGCCAUGCUCGGGGAGAUGCAGACCAUCGAUGGAAGAGUCCACUGGAGCAAGUAAGACACAGCAACCACGUUGUUUUUAAAGCAAAGUUUAAUAUUCUGAAUGAAGGUCUGCUUGUUUGUAGUUAAGUAGAUCAGAUUUUUGAAGCUGUUUUUCUGCCACCAAAGCUGUGGGUCGAGUAAUUUUGUAGAUCAUCAUCAAAGUACUUUCAAUCCCUCUCUGAAGGUUUUAUUAAAUUAGUGGUGAGAUAAUCUUCUGUGUUAACUUCAUCAUCAUGACACUGUCAGUGAAUAUGUUCUCUGUUUAAUGGAAGACUAUAUGAGGAUAUUCAAUUAUUCAAAAGAGGCUUUCAUUAUGAAGUGACACUGAUAUUAGCAGUAUUAUUGUCUGUUUGUCGCUGGAUGUGUCUGUUACCGUGGCAACAGGCAUACAGGGUGGUGGAGUACGCACAACAGCAAAAACAAGGGCUUAUUAGAGUCUCCAGAUUAAUAUGGACUUGAUGAGAUGUAGUAUCUGACAAUAGAGAAUAAUGAGCUGUCUAAGAUGGCCGCUGUAACAGUGAAUGAGAUUAGAGUCCUUCCUGUAUUAUUAAACUGGAUCUGUUGGUGGGCUUCGGGCUCAUUAGCCAAGUAAUACCGCUGUACUUCUUUCUUAAGUGAAAUAGGUCAGAAGUGUUCACGUCAUGAGUGACCUUUUUCACAUUUUUUCUUACCAUUUAUGGAUUUCUUUGAUGCUUUUUGCUGUGACUCAGUUUUCUUUGAGAAAGUCAGAAAUCUUGACCAAGACAAUGAAGCAUCUUUUGAAACUUUUUCUGCAAGUUUUGGUGAAUUAGCAGCAGCACUAAUGAGAAAUGUAGUACCUCCGCUAAGGUUGUUGUUGUCAAACUUUUUCUAACACUCUGCCUCGGGGUUUAAAAUCAGUUCUCAGUUUUUUCUUAGUUCUUAGUCCUCUUUAUCUCAUCUCUGAGACCUCUUGAUUACGACCUUUGGAAAGAUUUUGUUCCAGUUUUUGUUCUCUUCUUUGUUACAGGAAGUUUGUGUGUCCAUCAUCAUGUCUGCUUUAUACAGUGCUUUUAUCCCAUGCUUUAAAAAUCUUAUAUCACAAUACCUGAGGAUUAUAAAUCCACAUCUUUGUCAUAUGAGUAUCCAUAACCUGCAGGGCUGCACAGUGACGUUAGCAGUGAGUGUGUGCUGAUCUGUAUGUGCGUGAGAAACUCACUAUGUUUGUGUGAAUGUGUAUUUGGUUUUCUACUUCUUCACCUCCUGCCUUCUUACCACAUCAGGCUGCCUGAUUAUGAGAUGGUCCACGAGUGGAACAUCAGGUACUUUCUCUCUGGUCUCUUCUUCUUUGAAUCAUCACCUCUCAUACAGACUCUAAACCAUCACAUUUACAUCUAAGCCAUUGACUGAUUCCUCUAUUUAACAUUGUUUAUGUUAAAUUUAAGUAGCUAUAAUUUCCUUCAUUGUAGUUGGAAAAAUGCAUCUCAGAACAGAAAACUAAAGAAAAAUAAGAGUUUUAUUACUGCACAGAAGACAUGAAUAAAAUCAUAGAUUUAGAGGAUUCGAUAAAAACACUGCAAGAAUAAUGUUGUGUAAUGUUUUAUGUUAUGUUUAAGUAAAAGCCAAAUACUUCAAGGUCCUCUCAUAGACUGACUUUAUGAAUAGACUCAGUUUGUUUUCUCACUUUAUCCUCUUAAUACUACAUCAUAUUUAUCUCUAAAAUAUAACCACUUCACAUUUUAACCGUGUUACAAACUUUUUUGACCACUUUCACAACUUUUUUUUUAUCAUAUAACUUUUUUGCAGGAAAUAUGUUUCCUUAAUACUUUGACCAUUUUUUCUUAUAAUUUAUUUUUACUGUGCCAGGAAAUUUUCCUCAUUGGGUUUCACAGAUUUUUAAAAAAUUAAUCAAAACUACAGUAUACCUUUUUUUUUCCUAGAGCCAUCCAGCUCCAUUUAGACUUUUAUUGCAGAUGUUUUUUCAGUCAUUAUUUUCACCCGAGAUGCUCAAAGAACUUGAGACAUCGUCAAAGAAGCCACCAAACUUAAUUAUCACAGACAGACAGUGACUGCAUCAUGUCUUUUACAUGGCUCCCCCUUUUUGGGUGGGAAAGUUAACUCAGUUAGCAAACUAACCUUAUAGUCUCAUUAUCAGAGCAUGAAAACAUUCUCCUGUUUGUCUCCGACAUCUUUCUGUGUCUCCCUCCUUGUUGGUGUUCUGUCUCUGUCAGCAGAAAAGACGUUUGUCGCUCUCUCUGUCCGUCUCUGUUUGUGUCUGUGUCAUCUAUUUCUACCAGCACAAACACACACAAAUGAACACACAGUUUUAUUCAGGAUUAUUUUAACACACUGACGUAACUUUGACAGUUGGUCAGAGCCUGAGGAGACUGACGAAGACCUCAGGAGGUAUACCCUCUUCUUCCCGUCUCCCACCCUCUUUUUGGAUGUGAAGUAAUCCCAAAUGACCCCUCAUUCAUUUCUCCUCCCCUGACUCGCAUUUUGAUUAAACUCUAAUUUUCAUCUUUACCUCUCCAAGGAGCAAGUGCUGUUUCCAAGUAGUGUAUUUUAGGCUGUUGUUCAUGUACACAAACAAAGCGGCUGCAUUUGGUGCAUCAGUCUGCUAUUUUUAAUUCCUAGUUUGUUUUUCUUGUAAAUAGUGAUUUCUUUAAAACUGAGUAUAAACUUCUUAUGUGAAAUGUGACUGUGUGAGUUAUUAAUGCAGCUUUAACAAAAAAAGAAAAGAGACAACAUUGAAACAACUGUGGAGGUACAAAAAUCAAAAAGUGUAUAUAUCCACAUAUUUUUUUCAUGAAGCUAUUUUGUAUUGGCAUCAUACAACAGAAAGAAAUCCAGUAUUUUGAUGACCAUGUACAGUUUGAAAACAACAUUUGUGGUUUUAAUAUGAAAGUACAUUUCUCAGCGAUCACACAGUAAAGAUUUCUCCUGUAUUAAAAGAUAUAAAUAUAUACACAGUUAUACUCUAAGCAUCCAAGGCCAAAUCCUGCUUCUGCAGCCAUUCUAUUGCAGCAGCAUCAUGUUAACAUGUGUGUCCAGGAACAACAGCUUCAGCCUUCAGAGUGCUACCUGCUCCUCUUCCUCCUCCUGCUGCUGCUCCCCUCCUCUUCAGUUCAUCAGUGGUUUUGUGUAGAAAGUUGUGCUUUAAAUGCUGGGAGUCAAACUUUAAUUUAAAAAGGCAAACAGACAGAAAAAUUAAAUGGAAACAUUUGCGUAUGGUCAGUUUAUAAAAAAUCACAGGUAAUUUACUUUGAUUUGCCUGGAAGGACAAUUAAUAGUCUAAAAAAAGUGAAAGCUUUAAUCUGCAUUAGCAAGUUUGUUGACUUGUAAAAUCAAGAUUACUGUCCCAUGUAAACAAGAUAUUUAUCUUGUAUAAACAAGUUGCAUGUCUGAACUUUUUUGCACAAAAUAAUUAUCUUGUUUUCUCUAGAUUAUCACUUGCUCCUCCAGGAUGAUAACUUUUGUCUUCAGGGAUAAAAUGAUGUCUUUAUUUAGUUUGACAUAAAAACUUUUUUUUGGAAAUCAGUAAUCCUGUGUGAACAAGAAAAUUGUGUUGGCGCAAGAUAGUUUUCUUGUAUAAAUCAAUACCUUCUGUGGGUGACUAAGCAAUUUUAUAACUAUUCCUCAAAGAUCACCUACUUGCACAAGAUGACUGUUUUAUGCACAAAAAGUAUUUCUUGUUUAUGCACAAUUGUAACAUGCUCCCACAAGAUACUCUUUUUUUCCAACAGUGUGAGAACUUUUGCUGGAGAGACAGAACUUGGUGCCUUAAAGAAAUCUAAAGAAUAACUGUUAUAUUUGGGGGAAAAGUGCGUGCAGGAUAUUGUGUGAAAAGCCUUUUUUGUUGUGGGAACAAGAUAGUUAUCUUUUGUUAGUGAAUUAUUAUCUUGUGCAAACUUCUGUAAAGUAAUUGUUAUCCUCUAAGGAUGAAGUACUCACACAAGAUCAGUUUUUUGCACAAGAUCAGUUUUUGACCAAGGUAAUUGUCUUGUGUGCACAAGAUUGUGAUUUUUCUCUGCAAGAUACUCAUUCCUUUCCAAAAGAUAAUAGCUUUCUUUGAAAAGCCUAAAUGCCCCCCUUGUAGCACUUUCUCACUCAUGACCUUUUGGAAAUUCUUUUCGUGAAAACAAGAUGGUAACAGAAAAACUUUCGUUUGAUGUUACAAGAUUUGAGCUUGUUUAAUUUUUUCUUAAGUAUGUUUUUAAAAUCUUAAGACAACGUUUUCACAGAUUACUAUUUAUUCUUUUGAAGUAUUUAUCGUGUUUGCACAAAGAUACAACUUCCCUAAAUCAGACUCCCAGCAGUGUGCUGCUGUUGUUGUUGUUGUUGCCUCAAUGUUUUAUUGAUGCUUGUGUUGCUGUACAUGGUGCUGUCGUUGACGUCGUUGCUGCCAUUGUGAUGAUUUGCAGCUCAUCCUUAACCUGAUCCAUGAUCCAUGGUCCGUAUUUCAUUCUCAGUAUUUUUCAUUUUUGCAGUGCAGUUUGACAGCUUCAAAGUCGUAAUCCUCCCUUUCGUCCUCUUUUCUAUGUUUGGGUGUCAUUCAUAAAGCUGUCAGGACAGGGAUACUGAUCAGGUUCAAGUCGAUUAACAAAAACGCUGAAAGAUGAAAUAAUUCUUAAAAGUGAUUCAGUGAUCCAAGUGACAAAUUUGCCAAAUAAUUAGAUAUAGUAUCUAAAAAAACGAUGAUAUAUUAACUUAAAUUAAAGUUUUUUUAUAUAUAUUUAAAAGAUAGUGUAGUUUUAUCUCUGAACGCAGUUUUAAAAUGAGCUUUUAUAUUAAAAAAAAUAAGAUUCAAGGCUUUACACUCUUACAAACAGAUCAGUAGUCCUGCGCUCUAGAGCUUUAUGAAUGCACAACUAGUAGUUCUUACUUUGCCUGUUUUUUUUUGCCUCUGUUUCCCAUAAUGCACCCAGCAAGAACAGAAACUCUGUGGCCUAUGCGACCCAGAAGUCUUGGCUGCUUAACGCUACAGUGGAGGAAAACAUCACCUUUGGAAGCCCCUUCAAUAAGCAGAGGUAUGAACUCCACAGGGAGUAGCUAUUUACAAAGUCGAGGAGUACGAAUACACUUCAUCCAUUCUUGUGUUGAUGCUUUAAUCACUUCUAAUCUCAUUCAUCAUAGGUUCAUAUGCGAACAUCUCACUCUGCAUUUAUUUCUUGUUAAUUUGCAGACUGUGGAGGUCACUGAGAUCUAUGAUAUGAUGAAAACGACUUGAGCUUUACCUCUUUUUCUGAUGAUAAUGUUAUGUUUUUCAGGUACAAAGCAGUGAUUGACGCCUGCUCUCUGCAGCCUGACAUCGACCUGCUGCCUUUUGGAGACCAGACUGAGAUCGGAGAGAGGGUAUGGAGAUGUUAAACUUUUGGCUUGAUUGACAGAGUAAUGCAAUAUAGCUUUUCAAAAUUCUAAAAAUGCUCUAUUCCUUGUGUUUUUUAAAAUCAGGGCAUCAAUCUAAGCGGAGGUCAAAGACAGAGAAUCUGUGUGGCCAGAGCUCUCUACCAGAAUACCAACAUUGUCUUCUUGGUGAGCUUUACACAUGCACUACAUGUUUGAGAUAACUCCUCAGUCAUAAAGGGAGUGUCUAUACAAUGUUUUUGUAUGAAAAUCAGAAUUAGAUUAAGUAACACCCUUUCUUUACUGGAUUAGAGUGAACUCCUUCUUGUUUCUUUAUGAUAAAACAGAUAAAACUUGUUGACUUUUGGGAUGAGGAGGUGCCCGUCUCUUUUUCACUCCUCUCUCUGCCUUGCCGUCAUGUGUUUUUCUUCCUAAGUCAUCACCUAAUUUCCUCUUGAAACCACAAUCUCUAAUUGGUUAUCAAGCAUUUAUUCACUUUAAAAGCUGUCAAUGACAUUCCUUUAUACAUUCAUCACACUCUGUAAUGUCUGAAGCAGUAAAAAAGAGGGAAUCGUGCUGUAUAAUAAGGAUGGGAUGUUUUCUUUGUUAGAUUUAAUUCAUUGGGAAGUGCGGAUGCUCAGGCCCUUAUAUCUCGUCACAAGAUUGUAUUUUAUCUCAUCAUCUUACACGCUCAUCAUAAAAUACAUCAAUUAAUCAUUGCCAGAGCCCCAUUAGCACAUUAUAGCUCAUGCUUUAACAUCGACGCGCUCAGCAAUAGAGACAUUAAUGGGAAUAGGCAGAGGGUUAAGUGUUCAUUGGUAAGCCAUCCUCAGAAAAUCAAUUUCAUAUGAGGAUGUUACAGACAAUCAAUGUUUCCGGGGAAUAACUUAAGAAGAGGAGAGGCUCAUCAGGUGAAACUUGCACAUUUAGGUUGUUUUUUAAAAACUGGUUUAGAGAUUGUGUUUCAACUUUUGUGUGCAUGUGAAAAGCAGCAGCAAAGACCCCCAGGGCACAGGACAGAGAGAGCACUACAGUAACAACAAGUCAGAGAAGUUUUUAAAAGGUAGAGCCAGUUGUUUUCACCUUUCAUUAUGUAAGUCUGGGACACCAAUAGAGCAACUUUGCAUGACUUGAAGCCCAAAAAAUCUAAAUUUGUCCUGUAGUGCCAUCGUUAAAAACACCAUUCAGCCUCUGCGGAAAGCAUUUCAUUUUGGCUGCUUUUUCCAGUAUUUGAAUUUGGACCCAGCUUGUGGGUGUUACUUUUUACACAGUUCAUCUGAAGCUAGGCGUUAGCACCCACUUAGCUCCCUGUGUAGCCAUGUUUGAAUAUGUUUAAGAGGCUGUAUGUGUUCCUUGUAUUUCUUCUUUAUUUUACACUGAGGACUGUGUGUAAUAACUUCUUUAACUUACACUCUGUAGGACGAUCCCUUCUCAGCUCUGGAUAUCCACCUGAGCGAUCACUUGAUGCAGGAGGGAAUCCUCAAGUUCCUGCAGGAUGACAAACGAACUGUGGUCCUGGUUACCCAUAAACUUCAGUACCUCAUACACGCAGACUGGGUGAGAAUCUCAAACUUUUCACAGUAGACUGUAGAAAGAGAUGGAUGACAUGGCAGCUCCCAAAAAGUGAAGACAAAAGCUGUCUAUCACUCUUCUUUUUAGAAUCAAAUAAAUUAUUAAAACUAAAUUUGGCAGAAAAGUUAACAUUUGAGCAAAAAUUAAUAUGAAAAGGACCCACUGUAAUGUCUGAAACCAUCUCUUAGAAUAAUUUAUGGUUUUUCUUGUGUCCUACUUGUUAACACAAGGAAGACGGGGCUUAUGAGUUAUACUGCAGCCAGUCAGUAGGGGGAGCUCUGGAUAUUUUGUAGCAUCAGUCUUAAUAUGCAGUCCAUGCUUUACCUUAAAAUCUCUGAGGCUGUUUCAGGACACCUUUCUAUUUUUGUCCAGAUCAUUGCGAUGAAGGACGGCUCUGUGCUGAGGGAGGGGACUCUGAAGGACAUUCAGACUCAUGAUGUGGAGCUUUAUGAUCACUGGAAGACCCUGAUGAACAGACAAGACCAGGAGCUGGAGAAGGUUAACAUCACAUAACUUGUGAUUGUUGACAACGCCGAAAGAGUUUUCUGUGCAAGUGAAAUCAUUUGACGUUUCCCAGGUUAUUUUUUCAUGUUUGUGUGUGUGUGUGUGUGUGUGUGUGUGUGUGUGUGUGUGUGUGUGUGUGUGUGUGUGUGUGUGUGUGUGUGUAUGUGUGUGUGCUGUUUGUAGGACAUUCAGCAGGACAGCCAAACCACCUUAGAGAGGAAAACUCUGAGGAGAGCUUUUUACUCCAGAGAAGCCAAGAACCAGAUGGACGACGAAGAUGAAGGUAGCAGAUUCUGCACAUUCAAAGUCAUAUUAUGAGGCUAAUCCUAAAAUGGAUACUUACAUUAAGUCAUAUUAUUCCACGGUAUGUGCAAAUCAGUCUUUCAGUUGGAGCCAAGGCUUUGUCACUGUCUAAUUGUUCAAAUUGUGGCCUCCCUUUUAGCACAGGCUGUAUUUUGUAUUAGGUUGGCGUGGAUUAUAGUUUAUUCCUUGUUUUAUUUCACCAGAGGAGGAAGAGGAGGAGGAAGAGGAUGAUAACAUGUCAACAACCACCAACAGAAGAUCCAAGAUCCCAUGGAGGGUAAUCAAAAAUCCUUCAGGAUCAAUCACAAGUUUUUGGAUAAUGUUUUUUUUGUUAUUCCUCUUUAAAUCAAUCAACUUUCCUUUCAUUUGCUUUUUUUUAUGCAAAUGUCAACCUGACCCCUUCAGGUGUGCUGGUGUUACAUGUCCUCUGGUGGGUUCUUCAUGGUGUUCCUCAUGGUCUUCUGUAAACUUCUCAAACACUCUGUCAUAGUCGCUAUCGACUUUUGGUUGGCCAUGUGGACUUCCUACAACAACAGCACAACAACUGACCCAGAGGUACUGUCAGACAUUGUUUGUACAGAUUUUCAAAGGGUGCUGAAUUGCAAGUUUGACUGUAUGUGUGUGUGUGUGUGUGUGUGUGUGUGUGUGUGUGUGUGUGUGUGUGUGUGUGUGUGGGUGUUUUACACCUACAGAAAGAAUCCUACUACGUUCCUGUAUUCAUCAUCUUGUGUUCGGCUGGUAUCACUUUGUGCCUCAUUACUUCCCUCACUGUGGAGUUUCUGGGUCUUUCUGCAGCAACUAACCUGCACCACAAUCUGCUCAACAAGAUCAUCCACGCUCCUAUCAGGUACACACCCAAACUAAGAAGCAAAGGUCCACUCUUGAAGUUUUAAAGUUCUCUAUUUCCUUACGUUUGUGUUUUUGUUCAACUCCUAUAUUAUCUUGAAAGGCACUACAAAAGUAUUAAUUAAAUAAGUGUUUUAUAUGUUGUGCUUUAUGCAGUAAUGUACUGUAUCUGCCACACAUUGGGUACACUUGUGCAAUCUAAGGCAAUCCAGUACAACAACUGUACCAUAAAUUGUACUUUCAGGAAGCUCAUUUCAUGUUAUAUCACAUCAUAUUGUUUUCUGUUGUUUUGUAUAUAGUAUCAUAUAUGUUCUUAUCUUGUAUUAUCUUGUGUUAUCGUAUUUUAUCGUAUCGUAUCGUACUGUAUCGUAUCGAAUCGUACCGUACCGUACCGUACCGUAUUGUAUCGUAUCGUAUUGUAUCGUAUCGUAUCGUAUCGUAUUGUAUUGUAUCGUAUCGUAUCGUAUCGUAUCGUAUCGUAUCGUAUCGUAUCGUACCGUACCGUACCGUACCGUAUCGUAUCGUAUCGUAUCGUAUCGUAUUGUUUCGUAUCGUAUUGUUUCGUAUCGUAUUGUAUCGUAUUGUAUCGUAUUGUAUCGAAAGCCCAGGACAGGACAGGACUUAGGAAGAAAUUCAGUACAGCUAUAACGCUUUGUUUAUCGGCUACAAAUACAAGAUUCACUUUCUGUACGCUUCCCAUGUCCCCAGUUGCCUGAUUUGUUUUUUUGAUUUUUUUUUUUCUUUUUGUGUUUGUAAGUUAUUAACAGGACUAAUCACCACUGCAGUUUGCUAUAAGAUAAAUUAACUUUUUUUGUCUUUUAGGUUCUUUGACAUCACCCCACUGGGUCAGAUCCUCAACAGAUUUUCAGCUGAUACCAACAUCAUUGACCAAGUAUGUACACUUUUUUUUAUUUCUCCUUAGACACACUGAGAAAUUGUAACUAUUUCAUGAUUAUUUUUAAGUGAGUGUUUCAUGUAUUUCUAGAUGUAAGAAUAAAUUAACACACUUUGCCUCUUUCUUCUCUUCUUCUUUAGCACAUUCCUCCAACACUCGAGUCUUUGACCAGAUCCACGUUGCUCUGUUUGUCGGCCAUCGGGGUCAUCUCCUCCAUCACACCAGCUUUCCUCAUCGCUCUGGUUCCUCUGGCAGUCACUUUCUACUUCAUCCAGAAGUACUUCAGGGUGGCGUCAAGGUGAGACAGCAGGAACAUUCUUGUAGUUAGACUCCAUUACGUUUACUUUUUGUACUCAGGUAAAUCUGGGAAUGUAGGAAGAUGCAGAGAAGAAGGAACAGGAGGCAAACUAAUUCAUUUGAAGUGAUUUAAAGCUAGUAGACUCCUCUUACAGUGUUGAAUUCUUCUGCUGUAUCUUUGAAUAACAAAGAUACUGAUUGUGUAUAUGACAUAUGUGAAAAAAUAAGCAUAAGCAACAGUGUGUACUCUAUAAAUGAUACACAUCUCCUCAUUCUCAGAGACUUGCAAGACCUGGAUGACUCCACUCAGCUCCCUCUGCUCUGCCACUUCUCUGAGACGGCUGAAGGUCUCACGACAAUUCGAGCCUUCAGGUACAGACUCGCACACUCACAGUAUAACACACCGACUUGUUUUUGUCACCUUGUGGCUGUUAAAAUAGAACAGGAGCAGCAGCAUUGCCCUGUGCCUUCACCCUCUUUCCCAUCGCUGCUGUAAUCCAACAUUAAACCGCUCUCAUGCUAUUUUUUCUCGUCUUCUCCCUCCGGGCUUCUUUGUCUCCACACACAAAUAUAUACAACACUGAUGGACUCACAAGCACACACAGACACACACACACGCAGAUACAGGGAAUAUGAGCAGUGAUGUGGUUUGUUGCACGUUUUCAUUAUCAGCUGGUCUCCGUGGAAACAUGGUCUUGUUCAGAAAGUAAAUAAGGAAAGUGGGUUUUUUCAUCCUUUAGAAUAAUUAUUUACUUUUUGUUGUUGUUGUUAUUUUUUACAUUUUACAUCUUGCUUGCACUUAUCUCAGUUUGUUUAAUUAUCACUCCCUUUUGGGUCCAAACAGGAUGCUUGAGGUUAAAAAGAUCAAGAUUUAAAAACUCAGAUGAAGUAAGAAAAUAAAUUGAGAAAAAACAAGAUAAAAAGAGUUUAAAAAAAGGAUCAAACAACAUAAAAAAGGGAAAGAAGGGCCCAUGGAGUUAUUUUGACGACCUUUGGGAUUUAAUGUGUAGUUGUGUUUUUGUUUCAGACAUGAAGCUCGUUUUAAGCAACGCAUGCUGGAGCUCACGGACACCAACAACACAGCCUACCUGUUUCUGUCCGCUGCUAACCGCUGGCUGGAGGUCCGAACGGUGAGAAACUAUUUUAUUAUACCAUCUUACAGUAAAACUGAAUGCAUGCAGCAGAUCAUUCAGAUGCUCAUUACAAGAAUAAAAACUGUAUGUGGGAAAGAAAAGAUCGCAAAUGAAAUGGCUCACCUCUCUCUGUUCAGGACUAUCUGGGAGCGGUGAUUGUGCUGACAGCAGCAGUCGCCUCCAUAUAUAGUUCAAGUCCAAACUCCGUCAACGGCCUGGUGGGCCUCGGACUCACCUAUGCCCUCACUGUGAGUUUCCUCUGCGGGGUUUAGUUUUCAUAGGACCUGAGACUGGGUUUGUUGAGGGUUUUAAUUCAAGACUGUGUAAUGUGUAGUGGAGUCUGGGUCAGCUCACACUUGAUUAUAAAAAGAGAAGUAGUUAGAGAGAGGCACUUAACAGCAGCGACCUCUCCGGACCAAAGUCAGUUUGAGAAGAACUGACUGAUCAUCCUCCACUCCAGAGGAUAGGGACCACCCAGCUUGUUUUCAGCAAAUCCAGCAUCCCUGGUAUGAGGAUCAUGAGUUUUCCAUGGCAUGGGUAGCUUUCACAUCUGUAAUGACUCUAUUAAUGCUGAACAUUAUGAACAUCUUCAUUUUAAUCCAUGGUGAAAGAGUUCAGUCACCUCGUUCACAUUAACCCCAGAGUCUCUUUGUGGGUCAUUAUCACCAUGAUUAACACUGAAGAUAUCAAUACUACCUUAAAAGUGAGACCCUGACAUGGUCCAUUUGUGCGUGAUAAUGUAGGUCACCAACUACCUGAACUGGGUCGUGAGGAACCUGGCAGACCUGGAGGUCCAGAUGGCAGCUGUGAAGAAGGUCAACAGCUUCCUCAGCACUGAGUCCGAGAACUACGAAGGAUCCAUGGGUAACUGAGUCUUUCAUUUACGAGAGCUUUAGUGAUCUGACUGGUUUUAACCACACUGGGUACUAGAUAUAGAUGAGAAGCAUCUCAGUCAUGUCUUCUCCACAGUGAGUGAUGGUGCUCGUGGGAAAUGCAGUCUUCAUCUUAGAAAAACAUUGCUGUUUUUGUCGAAAGGGACCACCAGAAUGAACGCAACUUCAAAACUCUUCACAGUGCCUUCAAAGAGGACUCGAAACUAAAGAUCAAGACCCGACACUUAUCAGGAAAAUGCUUACUAUGAGAACAAGUCAACGGAGAAGUGGGCUCAUUUUCUCAUAGACCUCUAUGCCAACAAGCCCCCUUAUGUGGAGUCAGAAAAACAUUUAACCAGUGAUAAACGGAUUUGACUUUUAAGUUCAAAGAGAUGAGGAUGAGUCCAGAUUUGUUGAACAGAACAGAAUAACCUGCUCAGAUCAUAAACCAGCAAAACACGGGGUCAGUGCAUGUGCAUGUUUUUGUGAGAAGUGAACAGGUUUGUAUGUGUGCAGCUUUAUCUUUUGUUUUGGAGCCCACGAGCUGUGUUUUAAGUUUAUGGGAUGUGCUGUUGCUGUGGUGAAAUACAAACUCAGCUUGCGUCUCGUUCUGGCAAGGCACACUGCUAAAUAUUUUAGCUUCGACCAGUUUUUUUUUGUAACAAAGAUUACUGUUGUUUAUGAAGGACAAAGCUAAUCUGACUCGACCAAGUGUUCGCACAAAAAAGGGAAACUCUGCCAGAGAAUCCGCCACCAGGACAGCGCGGCUAUUUCUGGAAAAGGAUAAUUGAGAAGAAGAAAAGAAGAAGACAAAUCCCCAUACUAAAAUACGAAAAGAGGACAUUUAAGUUCAUUGAGGAUCAUUUGUCUGACUCGUCCUAACCUUGAAGUUUACAGUAACCAGUGAAACCAUAAAACAAACCAAAAACCUCCUGAGUGACUGAGAACAGAAAGAUUCCUCCUCUCUGACAUCAUGGAAGCUUCCAGAGGACUGAUAAACUUUCUUCAAACCGAGGGAGGAACAAACUAAACCGAGCCAGCAGCAGAGCUAUGAUGAGCUUAUCUUUCCUUUGUAGUAAUAUUGCAGCACGUAGACCACAGAGUUUGUACAACGCAGGGAUUUCUUCAGCCUGCAACAGUCGUGUGUUAUCUGAUUUAGAGGCGGGGGAGGGUGCUUUGAAAAUUUUCACAGGGAUUUUUUUUCAUCAAUUUAUCAAAAUCUAGUGAACUGCAGUCAGCUGCUAGGAUGAGCAAGAAGAGGAUUAUUGUAGGAUUAAACAUUAUAUGAUGAAUAAACAGACAAACACAAGGGUCAUCUAACAAACAUCCCCUUUCCCUGAAAACCGCGUCUACUGCUGGAUAUUCCUGUUACUGUGCUUAAAUAACAAAUUCUGGAGCUAAAGAUGUUGAGGAAUAAAAAGUAAAAAGAGAAUAAGUUAAAUGAACUACUGUAUGUUAGGAAAAGUACAAAUGUAGACAAGUCGCUGAAAACUGAAAUAGUCCAUAAAAGAGAAGAAUUUAAACUUUAUUUAAACUUUAACUUAGUUUAAACUGAAUUUAAACAUCACAGAAAUAUAUUUCAUAAAGAAAACAACUAGAAGAGGAGAGUGCUAAUUCAAAAUGAUGAGAGUUUCUGAAUGUGGUCUAGAAAUGGUCCCCAGAUCUUUUCGAAUUUUCUGUCAUUGCCUGCAACCGAGAAAAAAAUGGAUUAUUUUUUAAUGUUUUUUUAAAUUUUAUUUUGAGGUUUGAUAUUUUUGUUUUUGUUGUUUGUGGAGUGAAAUAUUUCAAACCCUUUCUAAAAAUUUUGGCUCAUGAAACAAGAAAAUGGAGGAUUUAAAGGGAAUUUUUAGGGUCAAACACACCAUAAUACCGAGUCAGACACCCCGUCUAGAGAUGAAUGUUGCCAACCGCUUACUUCUCUAGUUAUACCAACUUAAAUAACGACCGCACGAUAGCAAUACACAGCGGUCUGAGGAGCCAUAAACAAACCUCGACCAAAAAGCCACUCUAUAGCCACAAAUAAUGCUCAGAACAUCACCUAACUCCAUCAUAUAGGGUCCCAGCCACAGCACUAGCCACUGCAUUUAUUGCAUUUAUUUCAGGUGUCUAACUUGGUGUUACAGUGUUUGACCCUAACUUAAUUUUACGCUGGAAUAUCCCUUUAAGAUACAGAAAUAUGAAACGUCUGAUAAGUAUGUUCACUCAUUUACAUUGGUUUGGUGCCGUCUUAAUGAAGAAUCACUGCAUCACUGCUAAACGACAUGGAGGCCAGUAGCAUGCAGGUCUCCUGAGGUGUUUUCGAAGCACAGAUUACACUGAUAGGAACCUUUAGCUCGACUGUAUCUUAGUCAGGUGUUUCCUGUCUUUGUCUUGAUAAAUCAGGUGAGUUAGCUGACCAAUGAAGCUGGUUAACAAACCACUGGGCUGCAGAAACUUUAGAUUUCACUUCAUGCUCUUUUGCUUCAGUGGUAUCAUGACCAUAAGUUUGCAUUGGCAGUGUUGGAUCAAAGCAGCCUUUAAUGUUACAGCUGGUUUAUAUUUCUACUUUGUUAUGACUUUGUCUUUAUGGUCUAUACGUUCCCGUUUACAUGAACCAGGACUGAAGCGCACACAGUUGGCAGAUAGUUAGUGUUCUGCUUUAUAUGGUAUGGUCUAUGAACUACACACAUGUCUGUCCUCUGCUGUUGUCUGAUCUAACGUGGAAUAAACCGUUCUGUUUCUCUCCCUGCAGACACCUCUCAGGUGCCCGAGAACUGGCCUCAGAGUGGUGAGAUUAAGAUCCAGGACCUGUGUGUGCGUUACGACCCCAUGCUCAAACCUGUGCUCAAACACGUCAAUGCGUACGUCGAACCUGGACAGAAGGUAAUUUACACAGAGCUGUGAAGGGAACAGAGCAGAGAUCGACUGAUCAGGGAGGAUAAAUAAAGUAGAAUUUGACUUUGAAAAUGUAAAAAGAGAUAAUGAACAGUAUUUUAUUUUUAUCAUGGCUGUUAGUACUGUCAGUAAUCUUCCCCAUGACAUAUUUCCAGCAUUUAUUCGCACCAUUUUUUUCAUCAGUUCAUCAGAAUUUUUCUCAUCGAUUCAACAAAAUCAGUUAUUAAUAUUUUCAUUACAGGGACAAAUUAAAUUAUUGCUUAUCAGGUGAGGGUCUAAAUGUAUGAAUUGUACUUGUUUAUUGACAUUUGGUCAUCAUUUAGUAUGUGCACACGUGCGACUUAUUAGGUUGGUAAGCCACCAAUUACACAAAAAUUCCUGCGAAGGUAAAUGUCUUUCAAGCACGGUAUUUAUCAAUGUACUGAUGCAGCUAUAUAAUGUUAUGUCAUUCACACUCUGUUGUCGGGAACACAAGGAUCUCACAUCACACUGAAAUCACAGAGAGGUGGCACAUCUAUAGGCAGAGGGGAAUGUUCAAUACAGGAAGAGACAAACACGUGUGUCGUUCAUAACAGAGGACUAACAGGAGAAUUGGAGCUCAGGGAUGUUGAGUUUUGUGUUAGGGAUAUUCUAUAGCUACUUUUUUUCACUGUGCUGGUUAUGCAUUAGUUAGAUCAUGUCUUCAUGUUGAUAAAUAUCCCAAAACCUUCAACAGGGUUAGAGCCAAGUGAGGAAGCAGCUCAGAGAAUCGUUUGGGAGGAGUUACCUGUUAUUUGAUGAAACUGAAAGUUUGAUUAUUACGACAGAAAGAUGCAUGUGAAAGAUAUAAUCCCACUGGCUGUUCUGGGCAAAUAAUAGUUGAUGGGAAUUUCCCCCAAAUUAAAACCAGGUCACUUCACUCUAGGUCUAAACGUACUAUAAAAGCAGUGUGACUUGUAGGUAAAGAGUUUGAUGCAUGAAUUGGAGAACUAAGGCUGCAAACAGUCCUGUCUGUCUCUUCCUGUAAACAAUUGCAGGUUCUUUUUUCCAGUCUCUUCUACCUACACUUCCUUUCAAGUAAUAGAUAUUUGGAUCAUCUUUGACUGCUCUGAUUCUUCAGAAAUCUGGCUUCAUCUUCUCUAGGUCCUGUUUACAGUUCAAUAUGUUUAUCAAAAAUACUAUUUAGAAAAUUUUCCAUCAAUUUUUGUCUUUUUGUUAUCAAAUUCCUCUUGUGGUGAAGAGUUUGUUCAGAAUUAUUCCAGCUUUAGACAGUUGUAAAUAUGAAUGUUAGAUGUACGUAUCAGUUUUGUAGUGGUCUGCAGUCUGACGUUGUUCUACAGUGAACGUCACUGAACUUAACAUGCACGGUUUGGAAUUUCAGUAGCUUGUAAAAAGCUGCAGUUUCUGUUUAAAUGUGGUCUUUUCCUUUAAACUCACAGCCAGGUGCCUCCAUUAAACUGCGAGUUGACACCUGAUGACCAAACACCAUCCACACUCAGCAUGUACCCGACAAUCUGUUAUCACUGAAGUGUCUAAAGUCACGUUCGGGUGUCACUCCAUUUUCUCCUCUUCCUGUUAGGUGGGAAUCUGCGGACGUACGGGCAGCGGGAAGUCGUCUCUGUCUUUGGCUUUUUUCAACAUGGUGGACAUAUUUGAAGGUGGGCCUGUGUCCCAUCACACUGUUUUACACACACACACAGUUUCCACGACUUUCAUCUUUGGUUUCUAUUCCUGCCUUCUCUCAUCUCUCUUUGUCUUUCACUGUUUGAGUUUGUUUAAGUUUCAUUUAAGUGAGUGACUCUCAAGGUAAUCUCCAGUGGGUUUGAGGAUAACACAGACGGAGUUCCCUUAAGGUUUUUACCUCAAAUAACUCUGAAGUGAAAGCGUCAUUUAACCCACAGAAACAAAACAAAAAUUAAUUUAAACUCUUUAUUUCAUUCAAAUUGAGUUAUUUGUCUGAUGAUCUGAAAAAUCCACAUGCAGCACUGAGUUUUUUAAUCUAGACUAAGACAGGAACCUCUUUGUAUAUCAUAACGACAAAUCCUCUGUAGCCCCAGCCUCAUCUUUUAAUGAUUUUAAUGAAAACCAAUAAUCUGAAAUGCAAGAAGAAAUUCAAAUUUUCAGACUAAUUUGUGACAGUGAGAAAACCCAAAGAUCAGAAUAAACAGAGACUCUGUUUGGCUCUGAAGCACUGCUGGCAGCCACUCAGUCAUCUAGAUUACCUUCUAAAGAUCUCCCCUGUGAUCUUUAAAACUCCUCUUUGUAAUAGCAGUGUGUGUUUAUGUUAGAGAAAUAUUUAUUCUACCGCCUCUCUUUAUAUUUCAGCUCUUUUCAAACUCCCCUGUAGGUCUCUGAGUAAGAAUCUUAAAGGUGAGCUGUUUUACUUGUAAAUUCCCCACAAGAGGACCUGAAGUGGACUCUUGUAUCAGAGGGUGAAAAUAACAACAUACUGACUGAGAGACAUGUCCCACUUCCUCGCGGUCAUUUCCAGGCUCUGGUUCAUAUUUCUUUACAGGCAGCAGUUAUAAAAGCCUUAAACCUGUCGUCUUUUAUUUAUCGCUUUUUCAAAGCGUAAUGGUAUCAUUCUGCUUUCAGUCUGGAUGAAGAUGACAGCUCCCAGACCGAUUACUCGGACAGAGAUGAGAUUACACAGUCACUUUUUCCAUACACUCACACACUUAGUGUACACACAGCUGGACGGGUCUUUCAUUUAACAGUAAAUUAAGAAGAGUGUCAGCAGCAUGUCCUUAUAAAGCAGUAAAAUAAAACCAGGGCUGAGUCCUGAUGAUGGCUCUUCUCACUGAGCUGUACAGAGAAUAUCCUGGAUUUUACAGCCUGAGAAAUGAAAUAUCAUGUUCAAGGAGUGAAAUGAGAUUUUUUUUUUUAGAGGUACAAGUUAAAUUCAAAGGGAGAUUUUGAUGCUGAAAGGCCAAGAGUCGACCUUUUUUUCUAGAUAUUUUGCAAAAAUCUGUCCAGAUUCUGUUUGUGGGGUUUGUCUAUCAUUUGCAUUUUCAUCAGUGGAAGCAAUCAAACGUCAGUUAAGUGCAGCUUGUUGAUUAUUGUUGAUCAUUUCUUCAUGGAAACUCAAUCAGACCGAGACGUGAAGGCAGAAGAACUACAGCGUCUGCAGUGCAAAAUGAUUAUUAUGGUGAUUAUUACUUCAAGGAAAUGAUAAAGUAAUGAUCAUAAAUGUUCUUCCUUGAGCUGUGUCACCCCACUGUAGUCUGUAAUAGACUGGCCUGAGGUCUUGCUACAAACAAAACUCUUUGCUAAAGAAAUCAGGAAAAGUUAUAAAGAUGUUUUGUGGCUAGCUACCCUAUAUGUACUGUUGAUGAAGUUAGGUGCUGUUCUGAACAUGAUUUGUGGCUAUAGAGUGGCGUUUAGGUUGAGGUUUGUUUAUGGCUCCUCAGACCGCUGUGUAUUGCUAUUGUGCGGUCGUUACUGCAACAUUCAUCUCUCGAGGGGGUGUCUAACUCGGUGUUACAGUGUGUUAGACCCUAAAUUAAUUUUACGCCGGAAUAUCCCUUUAGGUUUAAUUUGCCCCCCGGAAAACUUUAAAGUCUCAUGAUGUUUUUUUGUUUUUUCUUCACUCACAGGAAAGAUCGUCAUUGAUGGCAUCGACAUCUGCAAGCUUCCUCUGCAGACGCUCAGGUCGAGGAUGUCCAUCAUCCAGCAGGAUCCUGUCUUAUUUAGCGGAUCGAUCAGGUACAAGAACACACACACAGGCAAAGCUAAGCUAACGAUUGGUGUUGUGAAGGAAACCAGAUCAGCAGCUGGUCCCCUGUUGUGCAUAUGACAGUUAGAUUUUUUGUUUUGGCCCGGGCGGCCACAGGAUCUCCAAAACUGCAGCUUAAUCCUGUAUCAUUAUCACAUGCCGUUAAGUCCUUAUUCUUAUAAUCUUAGGCUUUAAGUUUAUUUUCCCAACAUGUGACUUCUAAUAAUAUGACUCCACUAUGAAUUAAUUGUCAUAAUAUUACAACUAAUUCUGAUACCACAGUGACUUUGCAGACUCAUAGUUGGCCGUUUCAAUGUUGAAACAACAGACUUAAAGAUGAACAGGACGGUUAAAAAAAGUAAACCUCUAAACGAGCCGAAACCAAAGUCUUUCAACAGGAGAAUAAAUAUGUGAGAGAACAGAAAUCUGUCCUGAGACCGGCUGAUCACAUGACGACACUCAGUCCCAGCUGUGGGGUUAGUGGUUUAAAACUCAGUGGGAACUCUGACUGGGACCUAAUCUGACUUUAGUCACAGACGUCAUGGGCUGAGGAGGUCGCUUUCUGUCGUUCACACACACUCACACACACAGCAUCUGUGUGUUUGUGUUAGGAAAAGAGACAGUGACUCUGUGUUUGUUAUAAAAGACAAAGAGCAUGUGCUGUUUGUUUGGACAGAUACGCCGCUCUCGAUAAUGAGUGUGUCUGCAUGUGCGUGUGUGAGAGAGUAAGAGCAGGAGAGUGUGUGUGUUGGCAUUUUAAAACAGCUCUUGUUUAUGUGGACGUCAGCCUGAGGUGAAUGGUCGACAGUGACUGUUUCUCGCUGUUAUCUUAGAUGUUGCUGUUAUAUUAUAGCACAGUUUGACUGGAAAACACACAGAUUUGGUUACACUAUAACUCAAAUUUCUCACUUCACGCACUCUUCUCUAAAAAUCUCAUUUAAGCAGCAGAAUCAGAGAAUUCCCAUAAGAAGAAAACUUGCGGGUCUCACUGUUUUCUUUCACUUUAAAGUGUCAGAUAUGUUAAUCACACCAUUUAAUGUCUUAUCCAGGGGGAUUUGCUCGUACAAAAAGCUUCUUUUACAGAACUAAGCCUGAUAUAGUAAACUGUUCACUUAACUCGGACACACAUUCCUCCUUGUUUACUUCUUUGCAUCUGAGAUCUCGACCAAACACUGGCUUCUUUUCUGGCAUUUUUAGCCCCGGCGUUCUUAACUCUUACCGCAAAUGAAGAUCUAACUGCGAAAAACACAUGAUGCUGCCGCCCGAGGAUUUGUGAGAUUCAGUGUGUUUGAAAGAAAAUCUGUGCAAGCUGAUAAAGACAAUGGACCUCUGGUUCGAGACUUAAGCUCAUCUUGUUCUUAUCUUACCAGCGCAGUAAAUCAGAGAAUUAGUUAUGGCGGUGAUCUCAAAAAAUCUGCAGACCUUCGCAGAAGAGCUGAGGUGUAAAUUGUGUCGUCUUGUUGCAGGUUCAAUCUGGACCCAGAGAAAACCUGCACCGAUGAUCGACUCUGGGAGGCGCUGGAGAUCGCUCAGCUGAAGAACAUGGUGAAAACUCUGCCUGGAGGACUAGGUACUAAUUCUGCAACUGAGGACGUAUUUUAAAUGAUUUGAUUGAUUUUGUCUUUGCAAUGAUAAACUGAUAUUUCACAAGUACUGAGGCUUAACAGCUCAUAAUGUGUUCACAAGAAAUUAGUUUAAACACACCAUUAAACAUCUAAUAUCAAGCCAUAUUUAUGUCCCGACGUGAUAACCAAUCAGAAAGCGAGCUGACUUAAAAAGAAGCUCAAUAAAUGCAGCCAUGGCAACGAUAGUAAAUUCUAAGCAUGAAUGGAGAUGGGCGUCUUAGCAGGAGUGUUUAUAUGACAUGUCAAACAUGCCACAACCAAAAUGAGGAGGGGAGGAGUUCAGUCAAAGUGUUUGUUUGUGUUCAGACGCGGUGGUGACAGAAGGAGGAGAAAACUUCAGCGUGGGUCAGAGGCAGCUCUUCUGUUUGGCUCGAGCCUUCGUCAGGAAGAGCAGCAUCCUCAUCAUGGAUGAGGCCACAGCGUCUAUAGACAUGGCCACGGUGGGUUUGAGACAUCGGAGAGCUUUGUUGUUUAUCCUCAAUGGAUUCAUGUUGUCAGGAAUGUAGAGGCGUCUGUAUUUAUAGACACACACCUGACCCAUCAACACUUUUUCGAUUCAUUUCCGCUUGUUUCACUCUCCAAAAACACUUUUAAUAUAUCUUUUCUUUUUUUUCUUUGCAGGAAAACAUCUUACAAAAAGUGGUGAUGACUGCGUUUGCAGACAGAACAGUCGUUACAAUCGCUGUAAGUUUUCCUCAUCAGUCCGUUGAUUUUAUUAUCUAAAAUAAAGCGAAUAAAAACAUUUAUUCAGACCAGACCACCGACUGAAUCCAGUCCUGCAGGUAGCUGAUUUAUCAGGGUUUGUUCUCUGCUGAUAGAUGCAGAUUUCUGUUUCUCUUUUGGCUUCAUGUUCAUCUAUUGCAUUAAAUCCCCUUUAAGGAUGCAUCAGACUUUUUUAUCCUUUACCUGCAGCUUUUCCUCUUUCCAAACCCACUGCUUUUCCUCACAGUUACUCAUACACCUGAUAUUCCAAAUGCACUCCGUGUUUUCAGUGUGAAGUCAGCCCUCCUCAGUAUUUCCUUCACUUAUCUGCUCUCUGUUUCUGACUUUGUGUCUCUGUGGUUCUGUCUCGUCCUGUGUUUGUUCUUUACUUUCUUUCUAACCCUCUUUCUACUUUCUUACUAACCCUCCCUCCUUUUGUGUUUUCAUUUCGGUCUUUCUUCUAUACUUCCUUUGUGCUUUCUAUCUCCUCCUCCACAUGCUUUCUCUUUGUCUUGUCUUUCUUCCUUUCCUUUACCCUUCCCUCCUUUUCUUUCUUUGCCUAUUUCCUCUCUUCCCUCUUUGUCCUGCUUUCUGUCCUCCGUCCUGCCUUCAGCACCGUGUGUCCUCUAUCUUGGACGCCGAGCAGGUGUUGGUCUUCUCUUCAGGGAUCUUGGUGGAAAAUGAAUCGGGUCCUAACCUGCUAGCACAAGAGGAGAGCCUCUUCAGUGUGUUAGUGAGGACUCACAAGUAGACCCAGAUCAGCACCGUCUGUCCUCUCUUUUCUACUCUCUCUCUCUCUCUGUCUUUUCCUGUUCCUUUCUUUUUUCUACCUUUUUUCCUGGCUGAGUCUGGGUCUGCUGAAGCCUUACUGCCACUGACAGCCUGGUUGGUAUCAAUGAAGACUACUGCAUGCUGUUUCUUAGAUACUUUAUGUACCAUGCAGUGCAAAUUGGGCCUCUCUGUACCAACUUUGCAGGGUUUUCAGGGUCAGAAACAUAGAAAUAGAGCAUGCAAAAUGAUUUUCAUAUGCUUGGAUUCACAAUCAUGCCACUUGUUUGGGGAAGGAUAGAGGAACAGGGGUACAUUUCUUCAUUAAAUUCUGUGAACUGAAGCUUGCCUUUUUCAUACAGAGAGGUUUAGCUGUGCUGUUCAGUUAGAUUGUGGAUUUUAGUCAUUUUGUUGCCAAAUUCAACAGCCAAGGUCUCAAACUGUUGUACUUUACUGUCACCCUAAAAACAGACAAGGUUUUCUUCUUAAAUAAACCAAACCUAGUCUGUAAAACCUGAUUGGCCUGAAACAGAAAACCCAACAUUUUGGAUAGCAUUUUAUCCUCAAACUGCUUGGGCACAUAUUCAGGUUUCACCUUUAGUUACAGACAAAAAAAGGGAAAAUGCAACAAUUACAAUAUGAUGAUAGCCAAGUAGUCCAGGGUAUUACAAAUUUUUCAGUGCCGUGACCCACAAAAUAAUAUAUCCAGAGACUUGACCCCCAGUGGUAUUUGAGGUGGUCAGAUGUUGCUUACGAGUAUAAACUAACCAAUCCAAAAGCAGAAAUUAGAACAAAUCUAAAAAAACAAAACAUCAACCAACCAGCUUAAAGAUGAGGUAGGCAGGAUCUGAGGAAGUGCCAGUUUUUGGGAGAAAUCUUGAAUGUAAACUCUACCCCUCCCAACCAGUUUUCCCCUCAGCUCCUCCUCUCCCCUCCCUCUCUGCUCUAGCAAGCCCCGCCCACAAACAGACGCUCCUGCUCGCUUGUAUCAUUCCAAUUAAAUUCAGAUAUAAUGCAGAUAAAUACUUCAGAUAAUUACAAAUGGGGCCCAGUCAACAUGAUGUAAAAAACAUUGGUGCUACUGUAGAUGCCAACAAUCUACCAGCAAACACAAUGUUUACAGGACUUCUACAACUAGGAUAAAGUGACAUAGUCCAGGACCCGAGUAAAACCUUAAAAAGUAACUGGAUCCUUCACUUUAGAUGAAUGCCUGUGUCCCUCCAGGGUUGGUCAGGCUUUGUUUUAAAUCCCAGAAAGUUCAGACCUAAACUCAAAUGAUCUUCUGCCUCAGAUGUAAACCAUAACAUCAUCUGCAAAAUGACAAACGCUUGAUCAACAAUAAAAAUUAGACAAUGAUCUCCAUGUAGAAUGGCUCAUUUGUUGUUUGUUGGAAAAGGUGAAAAAUGAGCCCACAGAUCAAUACUGAAACCACCAACUAAUCAAUGUACAGGACUUCAAGAACCAAGGGUCUUGACUGUAUCACUGCAAACAUUAAUGAGUGUAAGCUGAGUUUACUUUAAAGGCGUCUGCCACUUUUCUAGGAGGUAAUUCUUGUCAUUUGUGUGUCCCCAGCACCGCGUCCACACCAUCCUAACAGCCGAUCUGGUCAUCGUGAUGAAGCGAGGGAACAUUUUGGAGUACGACAAACCUGAGACUCUUUUGGAGCAGGAGGACGGCAUGUUUGCUUCAUUCGUCAAGGCUGACAUGUAGACGACCAAAGUCAGUCCUCAGGAAGAUGACCGCUGACGGACUGAUCAGACGUUUUUUAUUUUAAUAACAAACUUUUUACUCAAUGAGGUGACCAGACCUCUGUGACACUACAACACUCCAGUGAAGCCAAAAACACACUGAGGGGCGUCUCUGUGUGUUCAUUGGAAGGAGACCUGAUCCAGAAAUAUCAUCUGUUGAUACAUUUGAAAAGUUGUACUUGAAUUUUUCAGACGGUCAGCUGAUUAGACGCUGGCUUUGUUUUUAGACACCAGAUACAUCAUUUAACCAGUAAUCUGAUCAAUUAGAUCUGGAUAUUUAAAGAGUUUUUAUUAUGUUAAAAAUCGACACAUCAUUAGAUUACUGUCCUGAUUGCAGCAGGUAUGAAGAGGUCAAAGAGACUGCAGAAACACACAAAGACAACUCUAAGAGUGAGCGUUCUCUCUUUGAUCCUCUCUGGAUCAUUUAUAAAUGUUAAGGCUAAAACAUACAGGAUCCAUCUUGAGCGCGUAUCAUCAGCGUCGCGGAUCAUGCAGCAAAUAGGUUGCCAUUCUAAUCAACGCAGCAUCGCAUACAGGACGCGUCGCAGCUCCGUAUCAGAAGCAUAUCAAGCACAGCACUGCUAAAGAUACACAACGAGUCUAAUUUGGUGCUCUACACUUUCAAUACACGUCAAUCCACACAGAGAAGAUUAUUCAAGACAGGAUGUCAAGCACGGAAACUGCGCUUGUCAUCUCGUAUUUCAAAAUAAAACACCAUAUGCAGACUCCCGACUGUGUAUCAGUUUGUGUAGAUGAGAAAUACUUCCUGGUUAUGGAUUUAUCAGUAACACAGAAAAUCCGAUGGUCAAUCCCUGAUCCAUGUGGACCCCAACAAGGACUUUAAACUGCUAACUCUGUCUGAAGGUAACAGCACAGCUUAAAGGAACAUAGUUUACUUUAUUAAACACGAGUAAACCUGCAAAAAACAAAACUGUAAAAUCAUGUUGCUUUUUCACAUAUAGUGGAGGCUCAACAGUCACUGAAUUAUAUCCAAAUUAGCAGGAAAUCGACCACAGAAAGGCAAAACAACCUGUUGUGAGCAUGUUGUUUCCUCUAUACUGAGCCCAGCUGACCGGGGCUGCACUACGCUGCUGCUAUGCACCAAAUACAUAUCCUUUGUGCGAUACCCAGAGCUGCUCUACGGUGCAAAUAAAGAACGCGCUCAAUACAGAUCCUGUAUGUUUUCGGCUUUAGAAGUUUAAAAGUCUUUAAUUAUUAUUAUUGUUAAAUCUGACAUUUAAAUCUAUGCACAACACAUAUAACUUUGAUCACUUCUUAUCACUUGUAUUAUGCAAUAGUAGGAGAUAAAGGGACAAGUUUAUAGACCUCUAAAGAUAACUGAAUGAAUGUUGGCUUUGGGUUGUACCAACUGGUCUUUGCUCAUCCUGGUCUUUACUGUGAGUUCGAUCUUUGUUUACACCAAACUUUAGCCCGGUCAUGUCUUUGCGACAACUAAUAUAAGCAGUGUUUGUGCUGCUGUGAUGCAGGGGGGCCUCGUGUAUAAACUCAAGGUUUGACUCCAGGUGCCAAGUCGAGACCCACCCAUCAUAAGACCAGGAAUAUGCGAAGUUGGUGGAACUGUUAGGUGGAGUUGUUUUUCACAUUUUAUGUCAAGUUCUGAAUUAGAAAUCACGCUGAUAGAAACGACACUGGUGUUGCAGUCUUGUUGCAUCAAUCCAGUCAGCCCUGGCUGCAGGUUUCUCUGAGCUCAUGAGUCACGAACAUGGACUACAGAGCGGACUUUCUUCUCCUCAUAAAUCUGACAAAGGAAAUCAACGUAAGAGGAUUUUCUGCAACGUCUUGAAUCACCUCUGCAACUUCCCAACACUGAAUGACAUCAGCAUGGCAGAGAUGUUCGUGGAAGAGGAUCAACAGAUGUCUGAUGAAACAGUGAAACAAAGAGAAGCUGGUGAGCAAACAACUCUGUUCUUAAAGGGUGGAAACAUACCAGAAACCAAUCAAGAAGAAGCGACAGAAGGCUAGCUCUGUAAAACCAGAAGAAGUCAUCAAAAGUGGCUCAAGAGUGCCGCACCCUUGAGUCUGUUCUAUCAGUUGUAUUUCUAUCCUUCACUAGUGCAAACACUGUAGGGUGUCCCGGCUCAGUCUGAAGCCGGUGAACCCGCUGUCUGUCUGCAGUCAUGCUUUGCUGAACUUAUUAUCAUCGGGACAAUAGACACCAGAAGUGAGCUGUGGUUUUAUCCAGAGAUGUUUCAGGUGGACUGAGUGAUUUCUAAGAUACUAAAGACAGAUUUUUCAAUCCAGCAUCCGAAGAAAACUCAUUUCAAGUUUUCAAGCGGUCUUCAAAAAGAUCAAACCCAUCACUGUUUACACUUUUACUUUUUAUGUUAACAGCAACUCUAAUGGCUUUAUGUGACCAAAACGUUACCCAGACGAUAAUCAUUACAGGCUAGUUUGCCAAUCGAGCAACUAACAAACAAUGAGAAGUUUUUUAAUUAUUAUUUACUUUCUUUAACAAGCCCAAAGUAUGUAAUUCUAACUUCUUUCCCCAAGACUGCCAAACUGAUCAAAUCUGCAGCAAAGACCUUAUUUUGCAUCUUUAAUCAUAAAAUAACACUACUAUCCACUGAGCUCGAUUUAACAUUUAACUCCACAUAAUUACAUCAUUUUCUACAGAAGAGGAUAGUUUAAGAAAAGAGUUGUACCUUUUUUUUCUUGAUUCUGACAUAGAGCUUAAAAUUUGGAAAGUGCCCCAAAUUCAUCAAAUUUAGCCGUAAGUCAGAAAAAAAAUCCCAUACUGGUUAAAAAUUCUGAGGAAAAAAAUCUGAUUCCUAUUACUGAAAUGAACUUCUGAUGACUUCCCUGAAUUUGCACUCAAGUCUUAAAAUUCAGAGGGGCAAACAGGUCAAAAUUUAGAGGACAAAAGCCCAAAUUUAUCAGGAUAAAGUCAAAAUUCUGGAAAAACUAGAAAACUUUCCGACUUGACUAAAUUUUAUAUAAUAUGGAAUCCACAGAGAAAAUCCCACAUUUUACCCACCUCUCAAAAAUCUGAAUUCUGUUUUUCUGUUUGUCAGAAUUGUAUAGGGGAAAAAAAAUCAAGGAUUUAGUCCCAUCAUUGGAAACCAACAGUCAGGAGGAGGAUCAGGGCCACUCCUACUUCUCUUACAUUUUCCUUUUUUAAGUUUUAGGUUUUUACUCUGUUUUUAAACACUGAACUUAAAGUUUAAAGCUGAAUUCUAACAAAAUACAGUGAGAAUUUUUCAAGGUAAAACUCACACCUCCACACCUUGCCAUAAUCCUCUCACCCUCAGGAAGAUAUGGGCCACUAAUUGCAUUUAUUUCCCAGAGGUCUAAAUUUUUUCCAGAUUUCUUUUUUUUUCUUCCCAGAACUCGCUGAUUAUUACCCAAAUGGUUUUUUUCCCCGAACCCUGAGGUCUGAAGUUAGGAUUCAUACAUUAAACACGGAUUAUAAAGUUAAACAUUAACAGAACUCUGUGGUUACACUCAGAAUUCAGAUUUCCCCUCAUGGUUAAAUGUAAAUUUAGAAACAAAAGUCUGAUGUGUGUAUCUUAUUAAACAGUCCGAGACAUCUCCUGGAAGUCACGUCUUGGCACACGGAAUUUUUCCUCUUGCAGCUGAGAAAUCCCCGUCCUGUCUCUCUCUCUGGAAGUGGUGCUAUUGUCCUUUUUUUUUUGUAUUUCUGUUGAUAGUUAUGCUUCAUUUUAUUCUUUGAAUGCUUUUAAAUGAGAUUUUAAGCUGACUUUAUACUGUACAGACUCAAUGCCAAUAAAAUCUUUUGCAAAAAGUCUUUUUAAUAAUAUAUUUUACUCACAUUGUUUCAUCUCGGCAAACUGCCACAGUGUUUUCUUACUCUGUAAAAACUUACUCUGGAGAUACGAAGCACAGUCAAGAGAGUGAUUGUGCUUCCACUGCUGAUAGUGAACUUAUAUGUUGCUGUUCAAACUUCAAGUCAAAUGUCUCAUCUUUAUCUGUCCAGCUCUUCUCUGUUUCUCCGCUCUUUGUUCUUACUUUUAAUCCUGACUUGUUAAUCCUGAAACAGACAUGUUUUACUGACCUUGAAUGUUUAGUUGCAUGUUGUGUCUGAACUUUUUCUUGUGUUUUAUUCAAACAUUUUUCACUCAUCCUCUUCUCUCCUGUAGGAAAACAAACAAAAAAUGUGAGCUUGGGUAUUAGUUUAUUUAUCUAAAGCAGUAAUGUGACUUUAUUUGACUUCUUAUUUUAACUUUUGCACGUACAGCGAAUACUAAUAAUAACACACUGACAGUUUCUUCACUCUCUCUCUCUUAAAUGCACGUAAGACUGUUAAUGAAUUACAUUUGUACAAGCACAGACUAAUUCAGUAUUUUUAAAUGUAUGUAAGUGUAAAUUCUGUAUAUCUAACUUUUUUUAAACAUAUAUUAUAAGGCGUGCCUAUCUUCUUUUUUACACUUGAACUGAUAAUAAAAGGCUUUUGAGUGGUA